ACCUAAUAAGGCCGGCAGCCAUGCUGGCGAACAAGUUUCUAUUCUUAUGGAGUUUUACCUCAGGUAAAAGUGAAGUACUUUUUUUACCCACUGCUUAAAAUCCGGGUCUAUAUUUCGUAAUGACUCGUGUUUGAUCGUUGCGGUAAACGCGUUUCUUUUCUUUUCCCUUCUGUUUAGCUGUUGUGGGUUCAUUUGGAACCGGUAAGUGUUAUUCUUAUUUGCUUUUCAGUCAGCCUCGUGUCUUAGCUUAUUUCAGGCCCUCGAACAACUCCGUCAUCGCGCUGAAAUAUGAAAACAGCACUACCAAACCAGAGGGAGCACACCUGUGUUUAUAAGAAGAAUGCAAUCUGCGGAAAAUUAAUUGAGAGUUAAAAUUUUUUAAUUGCUGAAGUGUAAGGUAUGAUGUAAAGCACGCACAGGUCGUGCGUUUCGUAUCGUUUGUGACAAGUAGAAGGUUAUAAAUUCUGAGGGAAUUCGGAGUGGCUUAGAUAUAUUUGUCUUCAUAUUCUGUCCUUAACAGCUGCCAAGCGGAGAGCAGCAUUAAGCUGCUUUCCCCCUUUUUGAGAUAUUAUUGCCGGAUAACGGCUUUUGAUUAAAAACCUCACUCUGCAGUUAAGUUCAGUUAGCAGAAAAAUGCAGUUCUCACACUUUAAAGUUUGGUUUUCGUGAGUUUAUCUGCCGAAUUACAGCUUUCGACUGAAAACAAUUAAUCAUUAGUUCUCUUGACUUCUCAAAACCGACACGGUCGACCAAGGUUCCGUAUGACAGGAGGGAAGGUUAGAAGGGAGGGUUAAAUUUUCUUUGCUUGAAAGUUGAAAUUAAGCAGCUGGGUUGUGUUUUCAGUGCACGGACUUUAAAAAAGAUUAUGAUACUCAAAAGCAAUUAUCCAUGGCGUUUAAUUUACGCGACAUGUAAAGAAGAAUUUAAUUGUUGGCUUCAUUGAUAUAAACAUUCAUAUUGGACCCAGAAUGUCCAAUUUUUUGGCUACUAAUACUUUAAACGACUGAUCAAGAUGUUAAUCGUAACGAAUUAACGAAAUCGAAGAACUAAGCAAGCCUAUAUUGUUGCUAAAGAGUCAAUAAAAAGAAAUACAGAAAACAGAAAACAUAUUAGUACACCGACCUUUAGAAUAUUGGCCUUUCUGAGGGUGUUCCUUUUUCAAAAAAAUCAAAUCAAAUUAAUCACAAACAAAAAGACACUACUCGAGAAAUUAAAACCCAGUGCCAGGUUACAAAUGAUUUUUCUUUUUGAAAAGCACAUUUGUUCGACUUUUUCACCGUUUUAGCUGGAAAGACAAUAAGUUGUGUUGAGUUUUAAUUUCUAUUAGUACUUAAUGUAAAUCUGUACGUAUACAUUAAUUCAAAGUGAUAGUCUCUGAUGGGUUUUUACAAAUCUGUCCAGUCCGCAUCAUAUAUAAUAUAUCCGAACGCAGUUACAAUUUCAUUUGAAAAUUUAGUCGGACGAUGAUUUGUCCGAUGACUGACAGUGAUUUGUAGUUCUAAUUAGUGGAAUAGAAGCCCAUAGUGGGCGAAAAAUUGGGAAAUAAUUACCUACCAAGUUAUCAUCUUGCCAAACUUUGAGUCUCGAAGACAGAGCAGGACUUAUUUUCUGGAAUGUUGCGUAUCUAAAUUUACUCUCAACUGGUUUCGAAAUUUGGUGAUACGCAAAUAAAAGUAAGGAUUGCAAGAUAAAGACAAUGGAUUUUUUUUUUAUAUUAGUGAUCACUACCAUUUCCUGACAUUUUUCGGGUUUGCAUACCGUUCAAUAGUGUUAGUCUGCUGUUCACAUGAGGUGAUGCACCUUCCUCGGCUGGCAGCUAAUUCUAUAAGUCAGAGUGUGAAUGUCAUUUCUUAUAGUUGGUGUCUACUGCUUUUCAAUGAAAAAAAAAACAACAGUGAAAACAGAAAAAAAAUUUAUCACAGAAGUGUUAUGUGUGCGGAUAAUAGCAUAAUCCUCUGGAUCAAGCUUUAGACCACGCUUUGUUCUUUAAAACAACCCUAAAAUAACUUAUCAUGCAAUAUAACACAUGAAAAAAAAUGAGCUAAGUCGAAAUGGUUAAUUUGCUUUAUUUCACUAAACGCUUGUGGAACAGCUUGAACUUUUUUAUUUAGAUUAUGAUCGUUUUAACUUUUAUUAAUGCGUUUAUUUUCUGUAUUGAUAUAUGGUGUCACCACUUGGUGUGUAACAACUAGUCGAUUUGUCAACGGUUCUAUUUAUCUAACUUCCGUUAAGUUAGAACACAUUAUGGCCGACAUAGAAAAUUUUCUAAGAGGUGAUUGUUUCCAAAAGCGGUUAUUUAGAGGACAGAAAAAUUUUUACUUAUCAAAAGGUACGUUUAGAAGCGUUUCGUCUUACGCAUCUUUUACAGUGGGUUGUCUGUUUUGCCUUUUAAGAUAUCUUAAUAUGUACUUUAUCUCAAUCGGUAGAUAAAAUUGAAUUUUGUGAGUUUUUGUUUGAGUUCUUUGUGACACACACUAGCGGCUUGCUAUAGGAACGUGCAGUCCGUAAAGAGCUCUUAGUUCUUUACGAAAGAGACAGGAAACUAGAAAGAGUUGUUUUCAGACUUUCUUGCCGGGGACUGACGUCACUCAAACGGCUACCAUCAGUUUGCUUGGGUGAUCUUUAUUCCGGGUUUUUUCCAGAAUUAAUGUUGAUAGCUUUUUUUAUACUGAGUUUGUAGUCUUUCUGACAGUAUUAAUAAAUUGUACUUUAAUGAGGCGACUUUUAUAAGGCGUGUUAGAUGGGGCAAGGGAAAUGAAGUUUAACAAACUUAAAAAAAUCGAGCGAUAAUCGAGUUAGUCAAAAAAAUAUAUAAUACUUGAUCAAAUCCAAAUUUUGUUUCAGAUUAAAGUGCCCAUAUGUUAAAAAGGAGACUAUGGUUUUUUCUUUUUUCUCGGGAAUGCGUUCAGUUCUCACCAGACGCCAAAAUGUUUACACAAACUACAGUGACUGUCAUAUGUCAGUUUCCUUUGUCUUUUCAUCCUUUGCCGCAGACCAUGGUUAACACUUGACGUUAACAGAUCGACGCCGUUGGAUUUACCGCCGAGUUCUCUCUCUCUUUCGCUCUCGACGCUCUAGAGUUAGCGAGGCUAACGCUAGACUGAAAUGUCAGCUCUAAAGUAUCCCUCUCUAGCUGUUUGUUUUAGGAAAGAGUGUGUCUUAAAUAAUAUGUCUGAGAUAAGUGUCUCUAAAGACAUUUAACAGCUUUUUCAUAGUUUUUCACUGGCUUGAAGACCAGGGUUGCGAUCGUUGUCAUUGGUGUUGCUUUCUUUCCUAUUGCAUGCAGCUUUGAGAAUUUUUAAUGAAGUUGUUAUUAAACUUUUAAGACUAUUACUUGUACUUCGUGACAAAGUUUUUGGAAAUGUCAGGUCAGCUAAUGUCCUAUUGAAGCUGCUUAACGUUUUGGUCGUUCCUUUGAUUCAAGUUUUGUAAAGUUAGCUAAACAAUACGAAAUCAAAUGCACAGCCUAAUAUGCGAAUAGUGAAGUAAAAAGUUGAGAGUUCUUUUCCGCUCAAAAUGCACUCAGUUCUCAGUUGGAUCCUGUCUAUAGAUAGAUGUUUACACAUUCCAAAUCAAAGGUCCUUACAACCUUGCUUUGUCUUGUUCAGUGCUGGCCCUGCUCCGGAUUUUUUAUUUGGCCUUGACACAUCGACGCAGCUGAGGUUUUCAAAAACACACAGUUUAUUUUCUGAAUGCAAGUCAACUCGCAAGCUUUAUGAAAUGUUAAUAUUGCUUAUAGAAAGCUUUUAAGACUGUAAAAGGGUAAAAAUCCGAUCAGACGAAAUACUAAUUGAACCUGUCAAACUGUGAUAAGUUAGUUACCAGUGUUGAUGAUUGUUGUUCUAUGGCAACUAUCGUUUUAUUUGUAAUCGUAAUAACCCAGUCUGUCGAGGAGUCACAGCGCCGUUACUAACUAACAAAGCCUUCAAGAAACACUGCCUUAAAUGAGCAUUCAAGGAAAUCAUAGCACUUCAGUGCCAUUAUCUUAUUUUGCGAAACUGUUUGUGGUUGCCAUGGGAAACAAGCAAACAAAUAAAUGCUUGAUCCUUGCAGAACCUCCCUCGUGGCUUUUGUAACAAUAACACAACCCGAUUUUCAUUGUACAUUUUAGCUUUUAUCUGACUCGUUUCUUUUACUUUCCAAAUGCGCUUAUAAUGAAUGAUUUUGAUUCGAUUAUUGACCAUUUAAAUAUCAUUAGUCAAUUUCUAGACAGAAGAAUGCUUUGCCAUGGAUUUAGACCUUUGCCAGAUUCGUCCAACGAAUUAGAAGAAUGCUUAACAUCAACAUUUAAAUACUGAUUUUUCAAAUUAAAGAUUAUAUGAUAAGCAAACAAAACGGUUUAUCCACUGGAAUCAUUACCUUUUCCCUCCUCUUUGUAAAAGUGAGUCAUUUUUGUCUAAAAAGGUUAUUGUUUGUUUGAGAUUGAUUUCGCUGUUUGUCAGAGCGUCGUUAUGUAAUAAUCUUGAUUGUCGCCGUAUUCCUGACACAAAAUUGAAAACAUAUAACUUAUUUCAUAUUGAUUUGUUAAAUAUCUUAGAAUUCCAUAAGGUCAACGUUAACAGCAAAAAGUGACAAAAUCCAAUGGUAUAAAUCAAAGAUGAAAAAGUCCAUUUUGUACAGUUUAAUAACAAACCCUCUCUAUUUGUAGGUGAAAAUGCUUAAUUUGUUCUCGUUCGGAAACGAGCUUGCAUAAAAUUAUUUGAAUGCUGAAGUCAAUUUCCCAACAAGUUCUUUUUCACAUACAUAGAAAUCAUUUAAAAUUUAGACUGUCAGUCAAGUACAAAUCCCCUUUUGCUACGGUGCACAACCAAAUUUCACGAGAUACUUGUGACGAAGCAGGCGAAUUCGAAUAAUGAAAAUGUGAAAAUAGUCAAUGAAGCAUCAUUGCAUUGUAAACAUAUCGAGUAAUUUGAAUUACCGUCGACUAAUUCGUAGACAGGCUAAUAACAAGCUAAUAACUUAAUUUAACUUCUCGUUAUUCAUAAAAUUGAUAAAGAUUGUAAAAAUUCAAUCAAUACGGACACUAAGAGAUGAAUCGAAACCCAUAUGGUAUCUACUUAUUUUUUUUUCAAGUAAUUAACUUGAAUUCGAAUGAUGAAAAUGUGAAAAUAGUCAAUGAAGCAUCAUUGCAUUGUAAACAUAUCGAGUAAUUUGAAUUACCGUCGACUAAUUCGUAGACAGGCUAAUAACAAGCUAAUAACUUAAUUUAACUUCUCGUUAUUCAUAAAAUUGAUAAAGAUUGUAAAAAUUCAAUCAAUACGGACACUAAGAGAUGAAUCGAAACCCAUAUGGUAUCUACUUAUUUUUUUUCAAGUAAUUAACUCAUUCUUGACAUGGGGUGUCCAUUUGAACAAUAACGUCUGUAGCCACUUUGGAUAACUUAGCCUGUCCACAGGCCAACGAGUUAUCAGCACGUAUUGACACUUUUAUAUUUCAAGAAAAUCAUCUGAAUGGAUGAGCAGCAAGGUUAGCACAACAGGGUUUUUCAAAAAUCCAGCUAAAAGUACAUAAUCUUGCUUAAUUUAUGCUUAAAGUCCUAUAAUAGAAGUGUUUCAAUUUUAUCAACAGAACCCGUGGUCUGGUACAUUUCUCCGACCCGUGGGAGCCUCUCUGGGGGCACAAAGGUGUAUGUUUUUGGAAGAGGUAAGUGAAAAAUAUUUUAUUCCUCGUUCCUUGAUCUCUUACAGUGCGACUUAGCUAGCAGUAAGGGAAGUGUAGUUACGAUGAUUUGCAAGAAGACACAAGUUCAACAAUGGAAAAUUACGAGUUGAACUACAUCUUUUCUGAUGGGUCAGUUAGUUUUCUUACACGGACAGACGGUUCCUAAGAGUUUGCAGGGUAUACGUGAGUUUAUAGCUUAGCUGAGUGAGUUUUAAGCUUAGUUAUAGCUUCCUAAAAAAGUACAAAUUCGCGGCUUAAAAAAGCAAGGUUACUGACAAUAAAUGUUUAUUGAAGUUUGUUUUCUUUUUCCCCUUAGAUUUUGCAAAUGAUCAGUUUAGCUUUCAAAACCCUACGUUAGGAAACAAAAUAACAUUUUGUUCGAGUAAACAUUGUGUAGAUUGUGAUAUCAUACAAACUGACGUAUCAAAGGUGAAAGUAGGAUGCGAAAUAAGGUAAGUAAAUUGAAAACUGCUUCGAGGUAGUUUCCUUGGGAAAAUUCAAAACGGAUUCUUUGAUUUAACAACAGAUUUUGCCUUUUUCUGCUAAAAUCCAAAAAGUCGAUUUUGAGUCUAAAUAAUUCACAUUCCGAAUGAAUUCUUGAGAUCAAAUCUAAAUUCGGAUAUUAAGAAGAUCUGUACGUUUUUUGGGGCGCGGAUCGAAAAUAAGGAACACCUGCAUGGUAAGCGAUUUCUUGUAAAAAUAUUUGGCCCACCACGAUCUCACAAGUUAGCUCCAAGAUGGCUGGCACGCUCAAGAAUUCAUGGUCUGGAUUUGUGGUUUCUUUCGUUGCAACGAAAUCCAAAGAAUGUGACAUCAAUAAUCCGUCAUCUUGGAUUCUCAAAAAGAGACUCAUUCUUAUUUUGGAGCUGCUUUUCAGAUGCAAAGGUUGAGGACAUUCCUGUAUUUGUGUGACCGUAGACUAUAACCCUUAUAAGCUCCCCACCUCCUCCCCCCUUAAAUGUUGGCCAAUUUAUAUGUAAGCAAAAAAAAUACCUCCCAUUUAAGCCUCCUCCAAAGAAUUUGAUUUAUUAUGAAAUUUUGACGCUUAAUUAAAAAACAUUAAAAGCAAAACGUGUUUUGAUCAACACUGCUAAUUAGCUUGUUCCGAGGCGCUUUUUCUAUUCCGUUUAUAAAUAUAAGCUCCCUUGAAUAUAAACCCCUCUAUAAGUCCUCCUAACACCUCUUACGAUGGGCUUAUUAGACUUUCUAAAUGUCCCUCAUUUUUUCCCCUGGUUGGUUCUGCCUUUUUAAAGACCUGGGCUGAUUUGCUCAAAGCAUGGUUAGCUUUAACCAUUGGUUAAGCAGUAUCAAAACCAAGACGUUGUCAAGGUAUUAAACGCUGGUUAACCUCUUUGAAGCUCGCUUCGCUCGCUUUUUCUCGCUCAUAUUAAAUUCGCUUGAUAAGAAUUUAAGAGAACUUAUGAGAGGUCAAUUUUUAGCAAGUCUACGGGCUUAUAAGCGGCAAUUUACGGUAUCAUCUACCAAAUUACUUACAGGCCUCCUCCAGAUGCCGAUGAAGGCGAGUAUAACCUGGUGAUGUCUGUAAACGGAAAAGAAGUUACAAAUAAAUGCCCAGGCAGACCAAAAAAUUGUAUCUUUAUGGUAAGAUGGUAUUUGAAAAAAAGAGCAAAUAUUAAAAGUAGAUUUAUCGUCUUACUAACAAUUAUUCCUCUAGCCCCGGGAUGGGCUCUAAGUCAAUAGCCCAUGAGGGCGAGAGGAAUAAUUGUUUUAGUAAAAUCCAACUAGUUGGUCAAAAAUAUCGAGAAUAAAAACAUUUUAGCUAGUUAAAGCUAGACUUUAAUCCUUUUUUGCCGCCAAAAAUCCCACGCCUUUCGCUACUAGUGGGCUAUAACAUAUAGCGUAGUAGUAGCUUAACCAAUCAGAACGCAGCAUUGAUAAUAGACCACUAGUUGGAUUUUACGAACUGCUGUUAGCCUCUGCUUCGAGAGGCUCUGCGAUUCUCGUAUUUCUAGUUAUCUUCUUACUGCUUUUCUCUCUCUCAUAGGAGGAAACAGCUCUUAUGAUGAAAAGCAGUUACCCCUUUAUUUAACGUCUCUUGUCAUAAAAAACGCCCCUGGGUCUUCUUUCUCGAAAGUCCUGACAAUUAGCUGGCCUGGAUAGCUGUUGUUUAGGAUGGAGGUUAAAGCAGUGUUACAGAUAAUAUAACAUAAUCAUCAGGUUUUUUUAAUGACUGUUUCGUUAGCUAGAACCGCUUUUAUUCUUUAGGUUUUGAUUUAAAAAUUUGACUUUCGCGCCCGAAAAGUUUGGGGUGAAAUUGUGAAGUUUAAAAAACAGGCACCUGGCCUAAUUGAUCCAUUAAGAAAAUCAUUAUACGGUCACUGUGAUAAGUUCUUCUUCUAUCUUAAAGCCAAGUGUAAGUGUUUAAUAAGGAGGUCACAUAAUGAUAUCAAAAUUCAGCGAGAAGCACCUACCACCAAACUUUGAGCAUGAACACACAUCAAGCAGCGCAUCACAGUGAAAGCCAUAGACAGUUAUUUUGUUUAGUUGUCAGGACCUAUCAGCAUUGCAGCCUUAGACAUACCUUUGAUACAGUAGUUUAUCUAAAACUGAAUGUUAGAUCAAAUGAUCAAAUGAUUGUUUGUAAAAUACUUACUAAGAAAUUUUUGUUUUGAGUAGACUACACUCUGUUAAUAGAUGAGUGUUUACUAUUUUCCAUCUUCAUUUUUUAGUUUUACAGAUGGAGCACUCCAACAAUGGAGGAUUUUUAUCCACGAGCAGGUGUACCAGGUAGUAAUCACAGGCAAAUCCGCUAACUACACCGUACAACCACAUCUCCCGUGCUNAUUAUACGGUCACUGUGAUAAGUUCUUCUUCUAUCUUAAAGCCAAGUGUAAGUGUUUAAUAAGGAGGUCACAUAAUGAUAUCAAAAUUCAGCGAGAAGCACCUACCACCAAACUUUGAGCAUGAACACACAUCAAGCAGCGCAUCACAGUGAAAGCCAUAGACAGUUAUUUUGUUUAGUUGUCAGGACCUAUCAGCAUUGCAGCCUUAGACAUACCUUUGAUACAGUAGUUUAUCUAAAACUGAAUGUUAGAUCAAAUGAUCAAAUGAUUGUUUGUAAAAUACUUACUAAGAAAUUUUUGUUUUGAGUAGACUACACUCUGUUAAUAGAUGAGUGUUUACUAUUUUCCAUCUUCAUUUUUUAGUUUUACAGAUGGAGCACUCCAACAAUGGAGGAUUUUUAUCCACGAGCAGGUGUACCAGGUAGUAAUCACAGGCAAAUCCGCUAACUACACCGUACAACCACAUCUCCCGUGCUACUUGUAAUGAAAAAUUGGAAACACAUUCAGAGAUAACCGCGACAGGAUUAAUUUAAACGGAAGAGUUCUAGUAAGAUUCGAGGGGGCCGGACCAGUCAUCCGGCAGGAUCUUAAAUAACUCUGAAAUAAAAGUACUGCCCAACAUUUGCCCUGCCUAAGUAUAAAACUUUUCGUGGCUUGGAUGACUACAUAGGAGGUACGACCUCGUCCCCAGUUUAGGAGAUGCAAUAAAACGUCGUCAACAUUGAUACCUACGUGCUAGAUAUUUGCACCCAUAAUACCAGGCACAGAUGUUCUUACGCCGAUUAUCGCUAGCUCCAGUCUUCUGUUUCUUUUUCAAAAGCAUUUUCAUUGUUGAUUUUAACUAGUAUAUAAGUAAGAAUUAGUAACAAAAUAUAUCACGUGAUUUCCUCACCGAAUGGACAUGUAUUAAUUAGUCUUCAGUAAAGAAUCACAACAUUCAAAAGGUAACCAGGAAUUCGUUCUCUUAACGUUCAGAUCGGUAUUCAAAUUUCGUUAUAACUUGAAAAGCAUGCGGCGGCUGAACUGCAUGUAGUCAUUAGGUAGACAAGAGUAAAACUGUUAACGCCUGCUGGAACCCUAGACGUCUUGUGCUUAUUACGACGAAGUAAUCUCCUAAUGUAGAGCAUAUAUUGUGCUCAAAAUCCGAGAAUUUUUUUUUUAACAUUGCCUCUCUCGACAGGAACACCAGUUGAAAUCUUUGGGAAAAUUCAUACAACUCAAUUCAGUAGGCUCUCACCUGGUUUUUCUCCAGCUAGUAACGAGAUCACAAGGUAAGAGAGAUCUUAACUUUUAAGAGAGAUCUUUAUUUUUCUUGUUUCUUUUUUUGACAUUAACGAAACCUAUCUUGAAAACGUCAAUGAUUAUUUUAACUGGUGAUUUGAUUUGUUCUAUUGAGGCCCAAGCAUUUAUAGUUAAAGUUGAAUGAAUCGUUUCAUCUGUAAUCUCUUGCAGGGUUUAUGUUGGCCUCGAGUGUAAUCCCUUUGAUGAAGAAACCAACGAGCUGUGAGUAUUGUCGUAAUGGUUUACUCUAUAGGCCGCUCCCCUCCCAGCUGUCCGCAUUAGCCUCAAACUUCCAAAGAAAAAAGUCAGAUAGUAAAAUUUUUGAAAAAGGGACAACUCAGUGGCAUACAUAGCAAAUGAACCUUAUCGAGCUUAUAUGAAAGGACAUUGUCAGAGGAUACAGGUCAGGAGAUGUCUUUUAUUGAGUGCUUUCUUAGGACUUGAUAAAGAUGGCGUAAAUCAUUUUAUAUACAUGCGACAUUUAGCGCCGGUUUACAUGCAUCGGUUUCCGUGAAGGAACAGUGAUGCGUAAAAAUUCCAUCUUCAUUUUUUAGUUUUACAGAUGGAGCACUCCAACAAUGGAGGAUUUUUAUCCACGAGCAGGUGUACCAGGUAGUAAUCACAGGCAAAUCCGCUAACUACACCGUACAACCACAUCUCCCGUGCUUCUUGUAAUGAAAAAUUGGAAACAUGUUCAGAGAUAACCGCGACAGGAUUAGUUUAAACGGAAGAGUUGAAGUACGAUUCGAAGGGCUGGACCAGUCAUCCGGCAGGGUCUUAAAUAACUCUGAAAUGAAAGUACUGCCCAAUAUUCGCCCAGCGUAAGGUUAAAACUUUUCGUGGCUUGGAUGACUACAUAGGAGGUACAACUUCGUCCCCAGUUUAGGAGAUGCAAAAAAACCUCGUCAACAUUGAUACCUACGUGCGAGAGAUUUGCACACAUAAUACCAGGCGCAGAUGUUCUUAGACGCCGAUCAUCGCUAGCUCCAGUCUUCUGUUUCUUUUUCAAAAGUAUUUUCAUUGUUGAUUUUAACUAGUAUGUAAGAAUUAGUAACAAAAUAUAUCACGUGUAUUUCCUCACCGAAUGUAGUAAUUAGUCUUCAGUAAGCAACACAACAUUCACAAGUUAACCAAAAUAAUUUUUCAGGAAUUUGUUCUCUUAACGUUCAGAUCGGAAUUCAGAUUUCGUUAUAACUUGAAAAGCAUGCGGCGGCUGAACUGCAUGAAGUCAUUAGGUAGACAAGACUGAGUAAAACCGUUAAUGCCUGCUUGAACCCUAUAAAAGUCUUAAUGUGCUUAUUACAACGAAGUAAUCGCCUAAUGUAGAGCAUAUAUUGUGCUCAAAAUCCGACAAUUUUUUUUUAACAUUGCCUCUCUGGACAGGAACACCAGUUGAAAUCUUUGGGAAAAUUCAUACAACUCAAUUCAGUAGGCUCUCACCUGGUUUUUCGCCAGCUAGUAACGAGAUCACAAGGUAAGAGAGAUCUUAACUUUUAAGAGAGAUCUUUAUUUUUCUUGUUUCUUUUUUUAACAUUAACGAAACCUAUCUUGAAAACGUCAAUGAUUAUUUUAACUGGUGAUUUGAUUUGUUCUAUUGUGGCCCAAGCAUUUAUAGUUAAAGUUGAAUGAAUCGUUUCAUCUGUAAUCUCUUGCAGGGUUUAUGUUGGCCUCGAGUGUAAUCCCUUUAAUGAAGAAACCAACGAGCUGUGAGUAUUGUCGUAAUGGUUUACUCUAUAGGCCGCUCCCCUCCCAGCUGUCCGCAUUAGCCUCAAACUUCCAAAGAAAAAAGUCAGAUAGUAAAAGUUUUGAAAAAGGGACAACGCAGUGGCAUACAUAGCAAAUGAACCUUAUCGAGCUUAUAUGAAAGGACAUUGUCAGAGGAUACAGGUCAGGAGAUGUCUUUUAUUGAGUGUUUUCUUAGGACUUGAUAAAGAUGGCGUAAAUCAUUUUAUAUACAUGCGACAUUUAGCGCCGGUUUACAUGCAUCGGUUUCCGUGAAGGAACAGUGAUGCGUAAAAAUGACCCUAGUGUGAGCAAAUUACAGCUUUCAUAAGUAGCUUGAGCAUGAUCGUCUGGGUGAACGUAGUCCUAAAUAGGACUGUUGUUGACAGUGACUGACGUUUCGACAACCUUUGCGGUAGUCAACUUCGCAGUCAAAGUGAGUUGUAUCCCUUCAGUUGUUGGUAUUAGACUCUGAUUAUUAACCUGGUUGGUCACUUAAGUCGCGAUGUCAAAGGUCGUCUGUCUGGCCGUGAUGUCAUUUGCUAUGAAGACUCGUAAUGUCAUUGGUGCGUUUCGAUCCAUCUAUUGUCCCGGUAGUCAAACUGUCGGUUCUUUAGUCACUCUCUUUUGUAUUACAGAUUUGGAGCUAAUUUGCCUGAUGACUGCAGCUGGGUACCAAUUUGCCAGGGAUCAUUCAAAUGUCUCCCGAAAUCACGUACGGCUGGUAAGGAAAUCCUCUUUCUUUCUAACUACAAUUGGUCAAGAUCUACACGAUACUGUACAGCACAUGUUAGAUAUAACAUCAUUACCUUUGCUUAGAAUUUCUCCUAAGCACUGAUUUGCAACUCCACGACAAUUUGAGGAUAAGAACAGAAUGAUAUUGUUAAUACUUACAGAUAUAGUUUAGACUUUAAAAAGUAAUUGGCAUCCUUCUUGUGGCAUUUUUGUGUAAUCUUGUUAUAUUUUUCAGUUAGUAAUUCGGCUAUUUCUUCCUCCGGGGUCAAUCAUUUAAUAAAACUAUUACCAGUGCCUAAUUUACGAAUGUAGAUGGGCACACUUCUAAAUUCCAUUUUUAAAAAUGUUAUUAAAUUGGUCCCCAGAUAAGCAACAUUUAACGUAUCGAGCCAGUGAUUUAGCGUCGGUUACGCUCUUUAGUCUGUUCAUCAGUGGCACGGUUUCAUUUCAUUUCUUUCUAUUUUUCUUUCCUUCUCAUUAAUAGCUUCCCAUACAGCUUCCUAUUUAGUCUCUGGACUUGGAAGAUCUCAAGUUGACAAGAACUUGUGGCGGGUUGAUAGGGAUCAGCAGCUCUAUAUUUACCAAACCCACUCAGGUGCCUAUACUUUGCUUAACAGACCUUUCCACGGUUUUUUCAACUUUAGACAUGGACAAGUGAUUGAAAAUCCGUCGACACGACUGGAAAGAGCCCCUUAAAAUUGGUCAACCUGCCAAGUUUGGGUGGGCGAAAAAAAAAUUCGACCACCGCUUGGCUCGCUUGGCUCGCCGAUAUUUUCCUAUUUGACCCCAUUUUUUACCUUUUCCCCCCACUGCGGAGCCUACUAGUCCCUCGCUAAGUUUCUAAAUGAAACCUCUUAAGCGAGCGAAAGAAGAGCUCCGCAAAGUUGCUAAAAUUUACAGACGUUUGUAUGGUGGAAGGGGGGGUCAAAUUAUUGUGGCACCAGAUGAUGUUUUUCUGUUGUUAAUAAACCCUCCGAGAAAGAACAAACCAGUGCAAAAGUUAAUUGCAAAAUACGUAUUCGACUGCUAUGAGAAAAGAAGAUCAUUAGUUCUUUAGGUUAACAUUGAUUAUAGUUCCACUAGCGUGUAAUUUGUGGUAUGAUUCUAAAUUAUUUGGAUGAAGUCGAUGUACAUAGGACUGCAAAUAAAGACUCCAAAUAAAUAAAGCAUUGUCAUACAACCGCCCCGUCUGUAAAAUUUCGUGACUUUGACGAACUAUAUCUUCGCUAGUUUUCAACAAAUCACUUCAAAACUUGGCAAUAUAACAUAUUUAAAAAGGUUUUUUUUUUUCAGGGGAGUCGAUGGAUUUUCCCUAACUUUCCAAGUCAAAGGUUUAAAAAAAACGUGGAAAGGACUAUUCAGUGAUCUUACAGUUGCAAUGAAAGGGUACUUGACAGUCGUUAUUCAUAACUCCCAAAAAGCCUCUCUUUUUUUUUCAACUCGGCGACUUUAAUUUUACGUUCUGUUUUAAGAUUUAAGUCCUACGUUUUCCCUGCCUUGGUGGAAAUUUAUAUUAUUGUGCUGCAUCGAAGAUGUUCACGCGAAGUAAUUACACAGUAAACAGGCAUCCGAUCGUUUCGCUUACAAGUCAUCUCGCUAUGGCCUGAGUCGCCGUUUCGCUUUACUGCGCUUUUCACAAAGAUGCGAACUCUAAAGUUCAAAAGCCGCCUCCACAAUUGCGUUUUUUGCUGCCGUCAAUCAUAAUUACGAUCACAAGCAACGAACCUUGAAACACAGUAACACACAAAAUGGAUCGAAAUCCACCAAUCACAAAUCGCAAACCAUGACCUUUUGAACCCGUUAAAGUAAAGUUUUGUUUUCUUAGAGGUACGUCAAGAUAAUUGACGGCAGCGAAAAACCGCAAUCGUCAGUUGGCUUUUGAACUUCAGAAUGCGCAUGUUUGUGAAAAGCGGAGUAGUGAUUGUAUCGAAUAGACUCUCCAGCGAGUACACACUAUGAAAGGAGGUCGAAGCCUGGCAUGGGUAGAAUUUUCAGUCACUGUGUUUGGCAACCCAAGACCAUAGCUGGUGCUUUUAAGGUGGCUCGACACAAUAAUUCUGUAGCGACACCUUUCAUCUUUGAAUCUCGCGGCGCAUACUUUAUGGGUGCUUGCCUUCCCUUAUGCGAAGUUUCACAGAAAUCUGUCAGAGGAAUUUCGAGAUAUCGUGGAAUUUCUAAAAAAGGGUAUAAAUUAUGUAUGAACUGAAGACUGGACUUUAUGCAGACAAAUUUGCUACUCUUUGGAUAUUUCCUGAAAGGUUUUAUCGCUCAUUCGUGUUUCAAAUGACCCUUAUACACUCUACAAUCGGCUAAAGAUAAGUAGACUUGCGCGAUUUCGAAAAGAACCAAUGCUGAGCUCUUUUUGUAAUUUCUAAGGCUGCUUUCACGAAACAGCAAUUAAACCAAAAUUCGACGAUAGAUUUCCUUUAAAAAUUUUCAGUGCUGCAAUUGAUCAGUGUGCUAUAAAAUGCCCUAUUUUCUUUGUCCAUUGAAACGUUUUAGUGAAAUGAUCUAAAAGACGUUGGCGAACAAUACAGCAGAAAAAAGAAUAAGAUAAAACGUACGACUAUAAAUCACUGCUUUUUCCCCACGUUUACAGUCCACACAAUAAGUUAUCAGCUUUUAUAAAAAGUGGUAUCUUUAGGCUGUUACUUCAGUAGUGUUGGUGAUCUUUACAAGGAAUAGUGCCGUUCCUUUAACUUAACUUUCCUCAUUAACUUUUUUCUUAGAUAUUGAAAGUUUUUCGCCUUCGGCUGGAAGUAUUCAUGGCGGUACCUUGAUCACAAUACGCGGAGUGGGUUUUAGUGACAAUCCCGACAAUGUCAAGGUGUUUGUUGCAGGUAUGAUGGAAAAGAAAGCAACAGCUGUGAAAAAGGACCCUCGCCAAUUUUGAUCUUUUAAAUCAAUUUUAAAAUGAAUAAAUAGAAACAACGAUUUACAAGUUUUAUUUAAGGAUUUCGAGGUAGCACAUCCACUAAGUGGUUCCUUGUCGAAUUGGAAUUUGGAAAUGGUUUUUGAGGAGAGGAGGAAAGCGGUGUACCCGGAGAAAAACCUUUUGGAGCAAAGGAGGGAAACCAACAACAACUCAACCCACAUAGAGCGGUUUUCACUUGACUGUCGAAAGGGAUUGGUUUUGGUUUUGGUUUUGGUUUUACUACGCCCUUUGGUUGGCUAGUGUAUUUACUUUGGUUUUGGUUUUACGACAGUCAAGNGAGAAAAACCUUUUGGAGCAAAGGAGGGAAACCAACAACAACUCAACCCACAUAGAGCGGUUUUCACUUGACUGUCGAAAGGGAUUGGUUUUGGUUUUGGUUUUGGUUUUACUACGCCCUUUGGUUGGCUAGUGUAUUUACUUUGGUUUUGGUUUUACGACAGUCAAGUGAAAACCGCUCUAUAACGCGUUGACUGCGAGAUUUUAACCCGAGCCACAUUGCACCGUAAUUUUUAGGGAGUUAUUAUAACUUCAAAAAUUGGGUAACAAUUUUAGGUACAGAAUAACCCCGUUUGGGGGGUUACUUUAACUUUUAAUUUAACUCCGAAUUUGGGUCAUUUUUACUCCUGAUAAAGAGUUCUUUUUACUCCUAGUCUGGAGUUAAAAUAACUCCGAAAUUGGGUUAUUUUUACUCCUUACAUGGGUUGUUUUUACUCUUUUUAGGAGUUGAUUAAAUAACUCUGAAAGUGGAGUAAAAAUUUUAGGUACAGGAUAACUCCUUUUUGGGGGUUAUUUUAACUCCUCAAUAUCCGGGGUCACUUUUACUCCUGAAAAAGAGUUCUUUAAACUCCUUUUUGGAGUUCAAGUAACUCCCCAAAAAUAACUCCACUGUAAGGAGUUAAAUUAGCCCCACUAGAGGGGUUAUUAUAACUCAUUGAAAAUUACUGUGUGGUGGGAGGCGAGUGUUCUCACCACUGCGCAACCCUUGCUCCCUUGAAAGGAAGAGGGGAUGAAAUAUAAACAGACUUGCUAUUAGAUGUCAGUUUUUUAGAAAUCUUAAAAAAAAUGACUGGAUUUCCUCUUGUUUUGUGCUACGGUAGCAGAGCGCUUUGUUACAAAUGAUUUCCUUGCACUGUAUCGGGUUAAAAAGAGUGAUGCAGUGUUAUCAAUUUUGGGACGAAAAAGAGGAGGUCUUAUUUUUACAAUUUGUUACAAAUUAUCACUUUUUUUAAAGACUAAGGAAUAAUGUGGUUUUUUGACAUGAAUAGGUGUACAAUGCACAGUUAUAUCGUCCACAUAUACAACGAUCAUAUGCCGAACUGGACCACGUGGUGAAGUCAAGACCAUAUAUCCAGGUACGUUACAUCUUACUUUAACGGUGAAUAAUACGUUAAUUAUAAAAGUGUGUUGGUGUUCACACGUUGUAUUUUGGUGACGGGAAUAUCGGUAUAGGGCCUUGUUUAAAAAAGAAAAAAUAAGCACUAUGAUACUUGCAAGAUGCAGAAGGAUAAGCUGCUCGUUAAACGAAGACGAAGUCAACAAGGGACGUAAAAAAAAAACAAUGAAACUACUGACAGUGACGGAAUUUGCCCACACAACAACACAGAAUACAUCAUAGCCUUCAGCAACGAUUGUUUCGCGCUUCGAAAAAACACGUCUUGGAGAACUUAUUAUGUUCGUUGGCUGCGUAGCAAGAAAGAGGAUUUCUAAAGAAAAGGUCAUAUUUCACGACGAGUUAUUCUGAAGGCACAAUUUCUUGUUGUAUCAAAGCAGCACCUUUUUUGGCUAUUUGGCGCAUUUUUUUAGCCUUUUUUUCGAAGAGACUGUAGUUUUACACAGGUCAACGAACGCCCUUGUGUCAUGCCUCCCUUCUCCGUCUUCCCUAAAUCCCCUCCCGCCCCUCCCCCUUUCCACCUUCCAACAGACACACAAACACACAAACACCCUUAAGACCUAGUACUCAGGCUAUACUUCGUACGAUUCUAAUUUACUUUUUGUAAACAAGGUUCUCGAGGUCUUCUUUGUGAAUACUGGCAGACCACUGUCGAACCAAAUCUCCCGGAUAUCGGUUCCUUGAAUCCUGGUAACGCUGACUAUUACGCAAUACUUUGCACCGAGAGUAAAUCUUCAGACCUGAACAUCAACCGUACUUCGGGUUCCGCUUCAAAGAUGUCUGGUUUCGUCACAGUAAAGAGCAAUAACAACGGCACUUUCUACAUUCUCUCUUCCGGUGGUAAAAGUGAGUUGUACCUAAGUCACACCGGGGAGCCGUCUGGAAAGGUACUGAUCAUGAUGAAUCUACAGUAUAAUUUUAAUUAGUUUCAAGUCCCAAGAGAGGAUACCAUUACCCGGCUUUCUCGUUAGCUUGUAUACAAAACCUUUCUCAAAUCACCCUCCUUUGAGGCAGCCUCAAGCUCUCCUCAUUACUUAAGUGCGAAAAAAGGGUUUCACAGGGAAACUUCAUACAAACGUUCCACAUUUGUGGAAUAUGAUUACGUUCUCUUGCUUUAACGGCAAAAAGUGUGGCUGUAUUAGGGUUAGGUAGAGAAUUGCAAGACUAUGGAAACCAUAAGAUUCCCGAAUAGGAUUGAAGACCUGUGCGAGAAAUCUCCCAUCAAGUAUUACUAUGAGAUGAAUCAUCUACCAUGCCCAUAUGUGUCACUUACGAAAAUGUUUGGAAUCACAUGUUAAAUCAGUUCAGUUAGCAAACUUAAUGUACCCGGCCGUAUCCGUGGAACCUCCUUUAAUUAUGAAGACCAAAGAUCGCCAGUAUAAUAUGAGAAGAAUAAACAAGCAACGGUAAGGACGGGACUUCAUUCGUGAGUAAACAUAGUUAAUUAAUUCCACAACUUUGUUACUUUGUAACAAUUUUUCAGUCAAAGAUUGCAAGCUGUACAUCUUCAACAAAUAACUGGAACAGUGCCAGUGUUCAAGCGUCUGAGAGAAUCCCUUUAGAGGCAAACAAACCUUACUACCUUGAGGCAUACUCUGAUGCUGAUCAUGUGACUGUACGGGUUCGACUAGACCAGACUGAACACACCAACACCAAAGUUGGCGCAGCUGUAGACGAGAAGCAGCAGAUUACAAUAAGCUCAAGGAUUGACUGGGAGAAACAGGUUCGUUUCCUGUGGCUCUUUAAGAUAAGCCUUCACAGCUGCAACAAGUUCAUUUCUGAGCUGUUAUCUCUUUUACUGAAGGACAAAGAAACUGUAACUGUAUCAGAAGCAAGAUAAGAAUGUCGACUGUCUUUACCGGUAUACUUUAUACUUACGACGGAUUUCUUUUUUGUUUUUUUUUUGUUAGUAUUAUAAAUUAGAACAAAAAGCUGUUCCUUUUCUUUGCGUCGGUCACUUCUCCGUUUUUCGGUUAUUUAAAGCUACUUAAAGCUACAAAGAGAGGGGAAAAAAGUAGAAACAAGGAUUUGAGGUAAAAAUUAGACCGAUCUAAGGACUGACCUCUCGCACAGAAGGCCGUGCAAUAACCAACUUUGCCAAUCCUUGCUUUACAGGGCCAAAGUUAAUUUUCGGAAAAUAUCUGUUCGGAAGACGAUUUGAGGUCUAUAAUUUUCGGAACAUUUGUUGUAAAAUUUCUUGCUUGCCUGCCUUUCCUAGGAUUUUCGAACAUCUAAAAAACGGUGUAAUUGCCCAUUUUUAACGGAUUUUUACCUUAAAAAGGUCAGCUAGAAUUUUCGGGAGCCUUUUUUCUGGCUGAAAUUUUCGAAAAGCUAAGUCUUGAUCCCUAUAACUUUCGGAUCACUAGACUUUCAGCUAGGAAAUCCGAACAGAUGUAAAAUUUUUAGGGGAUUAAAAUAUGCCUAUAAUCUACCGUUUAAAUACUAAAAUAUGUUAAACAAUCCUGUGUUUAAGUGGUUUUGAACUAUAUUCUCGUUGGGUGCCCCUGGCUUUACCAUCUGCACGUAGGGAGCAACAGAAUGGCCAAGUGCUGAAAAUUCAGUUUUUUUUCUCCACUAAAUUCUUAUGUAGCUUCCUUUGCACUUGCAAGUUGAAAAACAUGAUGAAACCUUUGAUUUUCGUUCUAAAAUCAUCGAUGCGAUAAAGUGUUAUAGCCCCGAAGGUUCUUUCUAGAGUACUAUGUUGCUGUAGAAGGUAGGCUUCGGAACGAGACUUGAGAUAAACAAUCAAAAGUAAAAGAAAAAAUAUAUAAAAUCAUUAGCGAUGUUCCACCUCUUCCGGUAAAAAGUAACGAAUUGACUGUGUCUUUAAACAGCAUGUCUUUUCAACAAUGUUUUCAUCAAACUGUUUAACACGUUUGCGUUCUUUUUGUUUGUUUUUUCAGAUUUUGGACUUUAGUAACUGGGAUGAAAAUGAAGAAGCCUGCGAAGAACAGCAAAUAUUUAUAGAGACGCUGAAUUGUGUGGAGAACAAUAUCACUAACUGUUCUGACAAUUUUACUCUAUCUUAUUACGACGGAGCCAUCACAAUGUCUCUACAAUACACAAACAGCACUGUUCUGGAAAAAAGACUCAACGAAAUGCAGGCGUUCCAGGGCAGCGUCACAAUCAACGUAACAUUAGUGAACACAACGGAAGGAAAUACUACAGUGUUUCGAGUGUUGUUCUGUUCCAGUGAUCCACGAGGAAUUGAUGUCCUGAACGGAACAGUUGCUAACAGCCAAGCCUUAAUGUUGAAUAUCACCGUCUCGGUUCAAGGGCAAUCGGCAAAGGACUUCCAGUUGGUUUUUGACCAACCUGACCUACCCUCCAAUGCUUUAACGCCCAGUUCAUCAAAACAAAGCAUAGAGCAGGUACUGGAGGAUUGGUUUUCCAGAAAAUGCGACUCUUCACCUAAAAGUAAGUGAAAUAUUACAGAGUUGCAAUUUUAUCUCAGUAAAAGCCUGGUAAGCCUGGUUUGACAACCAGGAAAGCCUGUGGUUUGUUGAACCUGACUUGCACAGUGGUUAACCCUAGUUUAAUCAUGCUUUAGGCGCUGGGGACUAUUCGUUAAGAAGAAAUGGGAAUGGGCACAAUUUAAUUUUUUCAAUCCAUAAGGUCUGUAGACAUCAUUUAUGGUACAAGUAAUUGCGCGUAAUAUUGUGUUAAAAAUUGUUUUUACCAUUUUUUUAAUCUUAUCUAGCGGGAUACUGGUUUUAUCAAAAAUACGAGGGCGAAGUCAUCGGUUCUGAAUCCGGACAGAGAACUUGCGAUAUUGAGCCAUACUGUGGGAGAAAAUCUUUACUGAACCCAGACAAGAUUAUUUGGCGAGCUGGGUACUCUUAUACAGAACACUUUCGAGAAGAACCUCAGACAUCUUACAAGAUCUCAACGUACAAAUAUGUAAGUAAGAAAAGAAAUCGACUUUUCCUGGCUUCUGCUAAACCAUGACAGCAUUUCUGGCGUCGUUUACGCCAUUGGGAACUAAAAAGAAAAGAUUCAGACUGGAAUGUCGUUGAAUAGUGAAUAACUUGGGAAACCAGAUGAAAUGACGUUCUUGAAGUUAUUUGCGUGAAUUUUAGUGUUGUUUAACAUUAGUUGGCCUUGGCAUGAGUUUUCUCCACCAAAGGUUUGAAAAAACAAUCGAUAGCUUAAGUAAGAUCCAAAAGUGAAAGCACACAUUCAAGAUUUUUUACUCACUCCUUCUGUUGCUGUUGAUUGGUUGAAUGUUAUUAUCCUUAUUCUCUUUCUUCCAGUUCUGUUUUGCUUACAGAGGACCUGUAAAAGAUCAGGUGAAAUUUCAAGUUAAUUACGGCGGUGAAUACAAUCCGCAGUACAGAUACCACACACUAAGUUUCCAAAGAUUCGUCCCUAGGUCAGAAUGGGGAUUUUCCUGUAUAAAUGUGUGGGAAUAUAUAGAGACGGAAUACGACGAAAUUGCCCCUAAUGUAUUGAUGAGAAGCAUUGAAAUUGUACGCUUGGAAAACGCGGAAGGAGAUCGCGAUAUUUAUAUUGAUGAAGUAUGGAUUGGAAAGACACCUUUAGUUGGUGAGUUCGUUCGAUAAAUUUAUAUGAUAUACAUUUUUAUAAAAAGAGAAUUAUUUUUAACUAAAGAGUAAUAUACUUGUCUUUUCGUAUCUUUGACAUAGCCUCCCACAAAAUUCCUAUAAAUAGUAGACCACUGAUGCUUAUAGACUACCUUUGUAGUCUAUAUACAUAAAAUAUCAAGGCUACCUUCCCGGCACCGGACGAAUUCUCGGCCGGCUGAAAAAUUUGAACGGCCGUUUUGUUCACACGGAACCGUUCUAUAUUUUCGCUCUGUUCAAACGAACUUUCGUAGGGUAUGCGUCUAAAUUUUCCUAUUGUUAAGGUGGUUCAGUGUGCACCGAACGCCUAAACGCACGAAUUUUCAAGCGGAUAAAAAUUCGUCCGAUGCCGUGUAAACGUAGCCUAAGACAGCGCAAUAGAUCAACGAAUAAAUCAGUUGGAAGGUAUACUGUACCCUUUACGUUUAAGAGAUUGCUUUGGUGGUUACAGGUAAAAAGAUCAAUUAUAGGCGCUCACAAAAGAAGCAUUUCGUCCAAGGUGUUCGGACAACUGCUCUCAAGGUAUUACCCAAGCAAGACGUUACAUCUCCCCUUAUGGAAGGUUAAACACGGCGUGGAAAAUAAUUCAUUUUAUAACAAAGCAAAAGUAAAGCGAGCGCUCUGAUUGGUCAGUUAGUCAUCCACCAUUUGCCCGUGGGUGCACGCCCAAAACACGAGCUAGCGCGGUUUAAAAAUCGAGGCAAAUUCAGCAAAUCUCCUCUCCUGUCAGUAAAAUGCACCGAUAAAAUGUACAAAUGAAAGGUGGAAGUUGAAGAAAAUUCUCAGUUGUCGUUUUGAAGAAAAAAGUCAAAAGAUCAAGCGACAAAUUUGCCCCGGAGAAAUUUAUCACUGUUUACUUCGCGGCUAGGAUCGGCAAAAGAAAAACCGAAUGAGAAUGAGAGAAGAUUUAUGACAUUUAUUACCAAGGGGGAUAAAUUAUUUUAUGCAGCCUGCGCGGCGUUUUUCAGUAUCCCGGAUGGGUACAUCCGGGACCUACAAUGGUAGAUACUUAAACAUCCGAACAUGUGAUUUCAGGCCUCUUUAGCAAGGGGCAUAAAAGGUAUAUUUUGUGUAUUUUUUAGAGGAGAAAGUCUGUUUUGAAAUAGAAAUUUAUCAAUUAGCAUUGUGUUAUCGCCUUUUUAGUCGAACUGAUGUUAAAUUCAAGCAAGUUUUUUAAGUUAACAUGCUCAGAUUCGAGACCGCUUUGUUGUGUAGUUUUCAUAUCAUCGAUUAAAAAUUUUAGUUGAGUUACGGACACAUUACGCAGGAAUUACAAAAAGAAUUUCAUUUGAGUACAGAAACAAUUGGGUUUUCAAACAAACAUUUUUUGUAGUUGCAGCUGUGGUUUUCCCUCAAAGAAUUUACCCUAAUAUUAAGAGCAAGUUCAAAGGUGCCAUUCAGAAUAACAACAAAAAACGUUUUGCAAUUUACCUUAAGACGGAGAACGGUUGUUUCAGCGAAAAAUAAAUUUAAAGGCAAGUUUUUGAAAGGCAUGAUUGCUUACGCGCGGGCAGAUGACAGCAUACAUCAACUCGUCUAGUGUACCGAUGACUCAACCGAAGGCAAAUGGAAUCGCUUUUUCUAACUUUUGAUUAUUCUUUCGUGUUUAGCAUCCUCCAGCGUCCAUCCAUAACUCGAUGGUUGCACGCUAGCACGUUUACCAUUUCUUAAUUGGCUUUCAUUCAUAUCUACAUCUAAAAGCAUAAUAAGCUACAAGAGAAAUCCCAACCUGAGUUCCCGUUGACAACCACUAAGGCAUGAUUUACUUAGAAAUGCUGUUGUUUGAGUUAAAGUGGCACCUUUUUUACAGUGACGCGAAAAACAAGUGGUGCCAUGCCAAAUGGUUUUGUCAUCAAAGAUUUCCAGGUCGAACAAACUGGUAACAACUGGACCAUCUCUCUCCUCCCUGCAAAGUGUGGCUCCCCUCUUCCACUGCUUGCUGUUGUAGAUGCUCUCAAAGGAAACAGCAGUAAGGACAAAGCGACGUAUACUGCAAAAGGACUUACCUCAAAUGUUCAAAUCACACGUAUACAGAAAGCUUCUCCUCGAGUCCGAGGAACCUUUGAAAUUGAAUAUAACGGAAAAGUAUUGAGAGGUGGGUGAAACUGAUGAGAGAGCAUUGACCUUUCCUAGUCCUAAAUCUUGAACUAGUUUCCUAUUUGACGUAAAUCAAAUUAAGUUAAUUUGAUCGAGUUUUCUAAGUUUAGUUUACUUUAAUUAAUUGUUUCUUUUCUUCCUUACUCUGCCGCUCUAUUCUACCCUCCUAAAAUGUGCUCUACUCUACUCUACUAUGCUUUAAUUUACUUGAAUUGACUUGAAUUGAAUUGACUUUGGUGUACUCUCUCUCUUUCUGCAACCUAUUUAGACGUUCCUGCUAACAUAUCCGAAGCGCGGCUAAAAGACCUCUUGGAGGAAGAAUUCGAGGAAGGAAUUAUGGCGGUGGAGAGAGACGGCACUUGUGCAGGGUUCAAUUGGAAAGUUUCAUGGCUGACGCGUGGGGGUAACCAUCCUCAAAUGCAGGUCAGAGGCGAUGGAUUGACUGGUAGCCAGGUGUCCAUACAGGCUAAUACUAUUGAAGAUGGUGGGUUAUUCCUAGAUCCGCUCUCUGGAGAAUACCUGCAAACUCCUAGUGUUUCAGGAGAGGUGAGGAGCAUGUAGGCAAUCUGUACAUGAAUCACUGUAUUUAGAUGUAGCAAGGUCAUUCACGUCUCGAUCUCCAUUAAGUACCGCCAGCCGCCACCCCCUCUCCCCGUGAUUACCCUGGGAAUUUAGGCAAAGUUUAUGAUGAAAUACGUCUAUAAAUUUUGCAACGCUAUUUACGUCUGGUUCUCCGUUACAUUACGUCAGCCGCCAGCCCCCUCCCCCUCUACCUUCCGCGAUUACCUAAAAAAUUUAGACAAUCUUUACGAUGAAUCACGUCUAUAAGUUUUUCAAGGUUCAUUUGCAUCUGUUUCUCCGUUAGAUAAGGAGAGCGCCACCCCCUCCCUUCCUCUGCCCACCCCUGAACACUAAUAGCAUUUAGACAAUCUUAGCGAUGAAUCUAUGAAUCGUCUAUAGGCGGAUCUUUAUGUACAUUUUUGCCUAAUUAACAUAUGCUUAUCAUCAUCUGGUGGAGCUAAUAAAAGAAUCUAUGAAUAUUGAAAGGACAUAGCAAUUUCAGUUAUCUUUGAAAAUUUGAGCCUGAUUUUUAUCAUUAUUAUUAUUAUUAUUAUUAUUAUUAGUGUUAUUUUUUUUAUUUUUAUUUUUUUUUUAUUUUUUUCAGGUGGUGGUAGAGGUGAAUGGUAUCACUGGAUCAUGUAACAAUAUGAAUUGUUCUUUUAACUACACAAAUGAGCAAACACCCCAGCUGACAUCUGUAUCACCGUCCUCUGGUCCAGGAGGUCCCCCUGGGACGGGAACAAUUAUCACCCUGGGUGGGUCAGGAUUUUCCACAAUCAAUGAAGAAAAUGUGGUCACUAUUGGUGGAUCUGAGUGCGUCAUACAAACAAGUGCUGUUGACAGCAUCACAUGUCGAGCAGGUAAAUGCUGUUUUUAUGGUCAACAAUUUAUUUAAAAGCUCCCUGCUUAACCUAGCUAGCGCCUACAGUAGGGACAUUUUUUGUUCUCAGACGAAGAAGCUAUGGUAGUUUAUGUUGCUUCUGAAAACUUAAUAUAUUAUUUACAAUAACAACAAUGACCUUCUGCACACAAAAGGGCUUUUAAUUCGAAGGAAAAUAAGACAAGUCCUCAGCCUGGAGUCUCGACUUUCGCAUCUUGUAUAAAAUGCAAACGCAUACUACACACAUACCUAAUUUUACGACGCGCAAUGCUGGAAUGCCAAUGAUACAGGCAACAUUCACAUGAAAACCAUUCCAUGCCCAGAAAUAAGAAGCGAGAUAGCCGUGAACCAUUCAUACGAGCUGUUUGUUCUUAUUUUAAACCCGAGAUCUGUAUAAAAGUACAGUUCAUCUUAUUCAGUUUCCCCGUAUCAAUGGCCCUAUUAUGACUUAACUGCGGCCUUGUAUACAACAUGCUCUUUCUAUUAAUCAGAUACAAUGAAAGAUUUUCCUAUUGUUUGUUUGUUUGCUUGGUAGGCUAUGGCCCUGGCGGAAGUCACGAGGUGAAGAUCUCCGUGGAAAGAAAAGGGGUGGCUGGCAACGAUCAAAGGCUCAAUUUCACAUACAUCAUCACCGCAACGUCAGUCACUCCAUCCAGCGGAAGCACAGCUGGAGGUCAAGAAAUCACCAUAUAUGGCAGUGGUUUUGGUGAUAAGAAAGACAGCGCCACAGUUUCCCUGGACGGCUCUGCUUGUGAAAUCAUAAGCAUCAAUAUGUCCCAUAUCACGUGCACGACAGGUGCACACGCUGCCGGAAGUGUGUCAGUAGACAUCUCAGUCGACGGUAGUUCAACUUCUGUUUCCAGUGCCUUUAAUUAUAACUCAUCUUUGAAUAUUCAGGUGACUAGUGUGGCUCCACUGCAAGGAGGAGUCCGUGGUGGCGAUCUAAUAACUAUUUCCGGUUCCGGGUUUCUGAACACGACUGUUGUCAAGGUGGGAGACGGAACCUGCGUGAUACAAAGCUUUUCGUCUAGUCAAAUCACGUGCUUAACCCCACGACAUGCUCCCGGUAUAUUCCCUGUUAAAGUGGUGACGCCAGGAAAAGGUUUUGCUGUAACUCCAGAGGAAUUCAAAGAGUUCGAGUAUGUUUUUGUGGUGCAAUCCAUAUUUCCCCGGAACGGAUCAGUCGCAGGUGGAACCCAUGUGUUUUUCCAGGGACGAGGCUUCAUAUGUGAUAAUUCAAGCACUGUCGUCGAAAUGCACGGCAAACCAUGCAAAAUUUUAUCUUGCAAUGCUUCAUCUCUAAAAUGUGAAACAGCGCCUGUGUUCAAAACAAUUGUGGUAGAGAACACUGGAGUUCAUCCAAGUAAGUUCCUGACAUGAGUGAACACAGUUCAUCUGACGAAUUUAAGUUAGAAAUUGCAAAGGAUCCAUUUUAUCGUAUCGGUGCAGUUGUUUUCAAGAUAUAUAAUUUUGAGUUAAUCUCUAUCAUUUAAACUUUUUCCACUUCCACCAUUUCAAUUAUUUAGUUUUGUUGUUGGUUUUCCUCACUUACUAGUAUUACGAUGUUAACAGGGCCAACAUUGAUCCCAGCUUAGUUACUUUGGUGGCUACCCAGUAGUUUAUUUAUCAUUAAAGUCAUUAUUAUCAUUAAUAUUAACAUUACUGUUACUUUUAAUGCUAUUACAUUUAUUAUUAUCGGUUCACGGAUCUGAUGUUCUAAGAAUUUCAAUUGCUUUCGUUUGACAAUUGAUAUAAUCGUACAAUACACUUUGAUUCGUUUUGCCAGCUUUUGGAAAAGGGUAUGAAUGGUCACCGAAGCACGUGACCUGUUACCAAGGUGACACAGUUGAGGUAAGGGGAAAACAAAAGUAAUGUUUAAUCGAACACUUUGAUAAACCACUUCGAAAAAAAUGUCUUAUGGAUCUCUUAAGAACAGAUUUGGGUAGUGCGUAGAGUAUAAAAAUCAAGCAUAUCAGGUGGCUUGAAGAACUUCAAAAACACUAAUAUUUAUGUACUGUAUACGGAUUUGAACGAAAAUAAAUUCAAUCGUUUUUACCCUACAGAGUUCUCUACGACUAUGCAAUAUUAGCAGGCUUUUAAUGAUGAUAAUGUAGCAUAGGAUUGAUGAUAUAAAUGCAUUGGUAUACGUUUGAAUCCAAGACAGGUCUUCAGUGUAAUAAGUGAAGUAUAUAAAAUAACUGUUAACGCUUUUAAAUUCUUUCUUCAUUCCUAUUGUAUUUAUUUAUUUUUUCAGUGGAGGUGGUCUGGACAGGCUAACGCUAUUUUUAAUGUCUUUCAAACUACUGAUUCUUCUUCGGUUGAUUACGAUGGCUUUGGAUUUCGCAGUGACAGCAGCAGAACUGGAACUUUUAAACACAGGUUCGCUGAAUAAUUAUUCUUGAAAUGACGUUUCUGAUACACUAUUGAAGACUUAUCGAGUUUUACAAUAUUUGGUUUUAUUGUCUAUGCAAACUUAAAGAAGAGUUGCUCCUCAUUUAUUUGUUAUCGUUAAGCAAUAAAAAACGCGUGUUUGUAUAACCUGAUAUAAACACGAGAGGAUGUUGGGAGAAUUCAAGACAGUUAUCAAACCGAGAAUAUGUUGAGGGCCUGCAUAACUAAUAAACAGAAGCAAAACUCUUUGUUCCUGGCACCGAUUGAAAGAGAACUUCUUACCAGUGGCUAAGUGUUGCCGGUAUGCACACUUUUUAUACCCGCAAUCACCACUUGUUUUGCAAAAAAGAUGUUAUGGAAAUACAUAUUAUACAUAUUUCGAUCAAUAGAGUACGUUGGGAGCUGCUAAAUCACCUCUCAUACAACACCAGGAUUAUAGAAUCAUUUGAAAGCAGUUGUAAAAAUAACAACGAGUAGCGAAUAAACUUUUUUUCUUCAAGCCGAUUUGCUGUUAUGUCUCAAACAAAUUGCACAUUGUUAAAGAAAUGUCAAGCAAAAGAUCUCUAAAAUUUGGGUAAAAUACAUUUAAGUUAGCCAGGUCUCUUGUUUUAACGUAAAGUCAAAGUGAGUUCAAGGAUUGGGAGACUAUAUAAUUUAACACUUUCUAAAUUUUGCCAGGUUUCGUGAGCCAGGUGUGUAUUACUAUUCCGGCAAUGGUAUUGUUCAAAUGAAGGGAGUGAUUAGGGUUCUUCCACAUGGAGCACAGACCGGUCCAAUCACCAUAAAAAUAGACGGUAAGGUACAUGCUUUACAAAUAUUUCCACCACCAGAUAUCAACCUUCUGGCUCAUUUUCUUUUAUGUUAGUAGCUUAGGGAUAUUAAAGCCCGGCGUGGUGCAUUUUCGCCUUGUUGACAUGGUUACCACGCAAAUGUCUGUUAUUAGAUUUUUACUAGUGUCACCAGAUUUCUGUGGUCUUUUUCUUCAAAUAUGCACGCAGCACGUGCCUAGAAUUUCCCAUGAUGCUACUCUCUCUGGACCAUAUGUUUUCGUAAUGACGGCUUACUGUUAAAUGUUGUUGUGUUUUCGAUCCCUGCCGUGUUCCUUAUUUUCUGCCGUAACAAAAUCAACAUAAUUGAGGAUUUAUGUGUUAUAUAACCUUUUCUUUAGGUUACGAUGCACUUUACAAUCUGACUUCUAUCUCAAGUUCCUCCUCAAAUUGCGAUUCCGGGAGAGUUGAUCCUAUUUAUGGAUGCAAUACUUCCGCAGCUGAGGAACCAGGCGUUUCACAAACCAGCUUUACCUAUACAUCAUGUAGCAUGCCUAAAGUGUCUUCCGUCUCUCCUGCUCAAGGUAUCAGCGACACGGUAAUAACAAUUCGUGGGAACGGCUUUAGUGAUGAAACGUGCCAGAACAAAGUAAAUUUUGACUCGUAUGAUUGUCAAGUAAUCUUUUCCAAUGAGACAAUGAUCACCUGUCAGCUUAAUACUGUUGAUUCCCCACCCGCCGGUGAACCACUUGAUGUCUCAGUGAAAGUGAUUAACCGAGGCUUCGCAAUUGUCAGUAAAGCUCCUGGUAAAACCACUCACUUUAUGCUAAAACCCACUAUAACUUCAGUGUCACCGAGCACUGGCUCACAAGCUGGUGGGACUCGAAUCACUAUAACGGGCAAUGGAUUUAGCGACAUCAGUGGCUUCAAUGUGGUGCGGAUUGGCAACACUAUUUGUGAGGUCAUCAGCUCGUCAUUCACCAGUAUUGAGUGCAACACGAAAGCUUCAACCAACGACCAGCAGCAACCCGUCAAUGUUACAGUUAAGGCAAGCACCAGUGAGUGCGUUGCUUCUGAAAUUUCAGAUUGUCAAUACACAUUUUCUGAUGCCAACACCCCUGUUGUUAGCACUUCUUCACCGAGCAGCAUCGUAAGUCCUCAACCAACGGAAUUGCUGUUUCAAGUGUCAGGCCUUCCUUCUCAACUUUCUGAUGUUACGGUUAAGGUGGGCAAGGAAAUUUGUAACGUAACACUAGUGGAUGCUUCCUCACCGUUGCUUAAGUGUGAGAUUUCAGGAGCUGUGGUUGGAAAUCACAAAAUAACGAUUAACGUAUUAGGCAAAGGAAACGCGCGGUUCGACACUGGUUUAUCAGAAACUCUUGUAGUUGAACCAAAGGUGACCUCGAUAUCACCAGAGGAAAGCAGCAUAAAUGGAGGAUUGACGGUGACCAUCAACGGAAAUGGAUUUGAUCCAUCUCCAAAUGAAACAACUGUUACCAUCGGAGGAGACGCUUGUAAGAUAAUGACAGUAACACAUGGACAAAUAAAAUGCGUAACACCGCCGCAAGCAGCCAGUGAUUCUGUUACGUUACAAGUUAUAGUCAGCUCGAAUGUUGGCAGUUCGUUUCCCGCAGCCACUAUAGCUUAUACUACAGCAGCUACUCCUGUAGUUACGUCACUUUCAUCCACAACGGGCAAAGGUGGAGACAUUUUGACGCUUUCUGGGAGCCGGUUGGAUCCGUUGUCUUCCAACGGGGAAGUAGAGGUUCUCAUUGGAGAAGUGCCAUGCGAAGUAACAAGUUCAGCCCAAAGCAAUGUUGUUUGUACGUUGGCUUCACAUGCUGCAGGUUCAAAUAAUGUUGGCAUCUUGGUACCUGGCAGAGGGGAAGCAACAACAACAGGAAUUUCUUUUCAAUAUAGUUUGAAUAUAGCCACUGUGAAUCCCAGUCAAGGUGGAUUCGGGGGAGGAAGCCUUCUCAGAAUUCAGGGACAUGGCUUCGACAACAAUGCGGUGAUCACAAUUUGUGGUAACGAGUGUGCUGUUCGAUCAAGUCACUCUACGACAACAACUCAAAUAUCCUGCGAAGCACCAAUGCAUCCUAAUUACGCAACAGGAGUAAAUCAACCAUGCGACGUUGUAAUAACCUUGAACGGUGUUACCUCUACUUUGUCUGGAGGUUUUACUUACAGAACCGACAUGACUUCCGAAAUAACUUCUGUCACACCACCCAGAGGUGGGACGGGUGGAGGCACUAUACUCAUCAUUAAGGGCAAUGGAUUUAGCAACACCCUGAAUGACAAUGUGGCUAGCAUAGAUGGUACCCCCUGUGAAAUAAUCUCGGCGAACUCGUCCUGUAUUGUGUGCAAAACUGGCAAUCACAGCAGAACAAUUGAGACUAAAGUUCGAGUAGACGUAGGAGCAAACGGCAAGGCCCUGGAUGCUAACGGAUUUUACUUUUAUGUGGACGUUUGGUCUUCGCCAUACACCUGGGGAAAUGAUGAUCCGCCAAAAGAAGGUCAGUCACGUGAAUAAGCGUUCCGGGUAUCAAUGAAGUAGAAAUUUAGAAAAAUAGAUCGCUGUACUGUCAAAGGCAAAACUAAAACCGCGGUGUUAUAGUAAACUGGAUAAGCCACCGUUCAAGAGAUUUACCAUUUUUAAUGGUAGCUAUUUAGAUUUGAUUCAGUUGACAGAGUACCUUUCACGCCCCACCUUCGCAGUACUAAAGCUGCAUCUACUUCAGGGACUAAUAAAAAAUUAUUCGUUUUCUUGAGGAAACAACUGCAAUCAAUCACUUGGUGAAAUUUAAAACCAUAGCAUCUUGUCUAACCUGUCUAGAACGCCAGGGUACCCCAAAUCCUUCUCCUUUUAUUGCAGAUUUCAAGAUAGUAAUGAUCGUGACAUUGAUAAUGGCAGUAACCACCAUUACGCAUUACUCUAAACACAUAGAAAUGACAAAAGUUUACAAAGUUUGCUGUUGUUCUCCACAGGAGCAGUUGUGUACAUAAAGAAAGGCCAAACGAUUUUACUCGAUGUAGACACGCCUGUUCUUAAACUACUUCUCAUUCAGGGAGGAAAACUAAUAUUUGACAGGGACAAACCUUCCCUUCACUUGCAAGCAGAGAAUAUACUUAUUACGGAUAAGGGAACAUUUCAAGUGGGCACUGAGGACGAACCAUUUCCAGGAAACGCCACUAUUACCCUGCACGGUCAUGUUCGGUCCCCAGAGAUUCCAGUUUUUGGUACCAAGACACUUGCCCUCCGAGAAGGAACACUUGAUCUUCAUGGUAUGCACGUGCCAAUCACCUGGACACAUUUGAGUGCCACGGCCGAAGUUGGUGCCACUGAGCUACACCUGAUGAAAGAAGUCACAUGGAAACCUGGAGAUCAGAUUAUUCUAGCACCUACUGGAAAAUCCCAGCGCGAGUUCGAAGAACUUACCAUAACAGCUGUUUUAAACGGGAAUAAAACACUGCAAAUUACUCCAGCAAUUCGCUACAAGCACAUCUCUAUUGUCCAGACUUUUAAUGGUAUUCACACCGUGGAAACGCGCGCGGAGGUUGGACUUCUCACGCGCAACGUGCGAGUGAGAGGCUCUGUUCAUGCCAUGUGGACCGAAACAAUCGAGGCUUGUCCAGACGAAUUCAGACCGGGGCAGUUUCAGACACAGACAUGCUUUCAAGGGAAGUUUGGCGAAGAGAUUGGAAGUGACGAGUUUGGUGUUCAAAUCAUGAUACACGCACCCGAGGAAAGCAAGGAUAUGGUUACAGCCAGGUUCAGUUACGUGGAGAUCUCGCACGCAGGACAGGCAUUCCGUCUCGGUCGCUAUCCAAUACAUUUCCAUCUCAGUGGUGACGUCAGGGGUUCUUAUGUCCGUGGCUGCGCGAUACAUCAUAGUUUCAACCGAGCAAUUACCAUGCAUGGCGUCCAUAACCUUGUUGUAAGACAUAACGUUGUGUUCUACGUUCGCGGAAACGCAUUAUUCAUGGAGGACGGCAUUGAAACAGGAAACGUAAUCGAAUAUAAUCUUGGAAUAUUCGUCAUAGCUUCGUCAUCGGCUUUAAAUGUUGAUAUAACCCCAGCUACGUAUUGGGUGACUAAUGCAAACAACACGGUCCGCCAUAACGCGGCCGCUGGAGGUAGCCACUUUGGGUUUUGGUAUCAGAUGUUUGAACAUCCGGAUGGCCCAUCCUUUACUCCUGACUAUUGUCCUAGAAACGUUUUCAUGUACGAGUUUAUCAAUAAUUCAGCACAUUCCUUUGGUCGAUAUGGAUUGUGGAUAUUCCCAACUUAUCAUCCUCUGCAAGGAGGCCGAUGCAAUUCAUGGAAAGCUGAGCCCGCCGUGUUUGGCAGUUUCAUCGCUUAUAACAAUAUGCGUGGUGCUGAGGCUGUCCAAGUAGGAGCAGUUCAGAUGCAUGACUUUAAAAUGCUGGAUAAUGAUAUCGCGGGGAUUGAGUACGUCUUCGCAGACCAAAAGGACACUCCCUGGGGAGGGCCCAGAAUUGUAAAUGCACUGAUCGUUGGCCACAGCCAAGCAAGCGAGGGGCUAGAACUGAAGAUCAGAAGCAACACACAUUGUACAGAGUCUGGCAUUAGACUUCCACAGUUUUCCAAACUUGUCGUUGAAAAUGUCACUUUCGUAAACUUUAACCGCUCAGGUUGCACCUGUUACACCACAUGUGCACAGUGCUUGGAGUUUAAAAAGAAAGGCGGUUGGACCACACUUACUUUAAAAAACACUUUUGUGAACUCCCCGCGCCGAACUGCCUUACGGUGGAGCCACGAAGCGGUCAUAGUAGAUCUCGAUGGAAGUCUUACUGGUUAUGUGAAUGGCAGCAUAGUACCAAGUAAUGGAAAUCUCCCUCCUCAACAUUGUUCUUUUUCACCACCAGACAGCUUCGGUCCUCAUAACGGGAGCGUCUGUAAUUCAAACGUAAAGUUCAGGAGAUUUGCCUUUAACCGUGCAGGACCGUCCUCUCUGAAAGGAAAAAACGUUCUUUUCAGAAACCAGUAUGGAACGUCUGUGGCACCGUUUUGCUUAAAAUGCGCAACGCAUAAAGAGGGCUGGGUGGCGUUAUUGAUCGUUGGAGAAAACUACAACAUGACAUUUAUAGAUGCCUCCCAGAUCACGAACAUCACUUAUUCGGGAAAGUUUUAUGAAAUGAGUGUGCACGACCACAUCUGGAUAAACCACCCCUUGACUCAAAGACCGGACAUGUUCACUACUACUGGAGUGUAUCAAAAUAUGACAGAGAUCGUGCCCUCUGCCAGUGCAAACCAUGGAAGUUGGAGCUUUAACAACGAAACAAAAGUCUUUACAUACCUUUCGUCAGGGAAAAGUGGGACUCGUACACCCAACAACAACAUUGAUCCAGUUUCUAUUCAGCUUCUCGUGUAUAGGUGCUUCUACAAAAACUGUAUAACCCCUACUCCACCCCCUCCUCCAAAAGGCAGGCCGUCAAGUUUCCUGCGCUGGUCGAACGUCGACCAUUGGGAAGGAACGGAACCUAUGUAUGGUGGUUAUGGUCGCCGGCUUCCUAAAAACGGAAGCGACGUCAUGAUACUGAGAGACUGGUACAUGCUUGCCGAUAUACAAUUACCAUAUUUGAACAAGCUAUUGAUUUUUGGGACUCUAGAGAUUGAAGACCUCCGUGGAGAGGAUAUGGUCAUAAAUGCGACACUGGUAUUCGUCGCCGGAGGCCUUAUUGUGGGAUGGCCCGACAAGCCGUAUCUCUCGAAUUUAUUGAUAUCUCUACGAGGUGACGUAAACAGCGAAGAGUAUGAACCCACUGCUGGUCUGAAUGUAGGAAGCAAAGCUGUUGCUGUAUUUGGAUUCAUGUGGCUACAUGGCAAGCCAAAGUCCGUUUGCUGGACGCGAUUGGCUGCUACUGCUUCAGCUGGGGAUCGCUUUCUGAUACUUGACGAGCCAGUGGACUGGGAUGUUGGUGACGAAAUUGUCAUAACAUCAACGACUGUGGAGCCUCGACAGACUGAAAAGUCUUUUAUCGAAGAUAUUUCACAAGACAGGCGUAAUCUGACAUUGACCGCUCCUCUUCAGUACAGACAUAUUGCAGAAACACACACGGCUGGAAACUGGUCAUAUAGGUUGACAGGAGAGGUAGGACGACUCACAAGGAACAUUAUGAUAGAAGGCGCCGACAAUCCUGCAGGAUCCUUGACUGAACAGUCAUUUGGGUGUCGUGUUUUAGUAGCAGGUGAACAUGCUAGCACUAGGAUUGAGUAUGUGGAGAUCAGGCAUUGUGGACAGGAGGGCUGGAUCGAUGAUUUUGAUCCCAGGUAAGUUCACCUCUUUCUGUUCUUUUACAUGUAUUAUUAUUAUUAUUAUUAUUAACUUAAGUGGGGGCACUGAUAAAAAAGGGAUUUUUAUGACGCGUUUUGACGUCACAUGGCUUCGAAACUAUUAAAUAUCAUAAAAACAUUGGAGAGAAGUUAAUGGCCAACGUACAAAGUAGUUUGAACUGUCGGACUCUUGAAUAAAUCAGAGACCUUCUAGAUACAUUAUACAACUGCUGAAUAACAUGUUUCUUCAGGAUUAACGUCUGCAAUUGCUGAUGUUAUUUAUCUGUUUCUUUUUUUAUAUACGUGCUUGUUUUCGUUAACCAACAAUAAGCACUUUUUACGCUUUUUUAAUUUUCAUAUUUGCUCUUAAUUGUUUCAGAUUCUCGUUAGCUCUGGUUAACAUCGGAGACGUUAUUGGCAAUGACUCCUAUGUGCGCUGCAACGCAAUACAUGAUGGUUAUAACCCCGGAAUUGGCGUCUUCGGAACAAACAACUUAACACUGGAGGAUAAUAUUGUUCACCAUACUGUUGGCUCCUCUAUCCAGGUCACUGGGAAAUUUAACCUUGUGUUACGUAACUUGGCUGUAUACUCGAUUUCCAUCCACACAUACAAGGACAGAAGGGACCACUCGAAUGUGCACUGGCCAGGCGCCAUUGAAGUACACAAAGCAGAAGAUGUAGUUUUGAUAAACAACACUAUAGCUGGAAGCGAACGCUUUGGAUAUAAGAUUGACGGAGUGAAAUGCGCGCCUUUCUAUUCCCCAGGGGAUUCUCCCUCCUCGGGAAAUAUAGUUCACGGUGCAUGGCACGGAAUUCAUUUGCACUACAAAGAGGGAUUUCCAGAAUGCAGCAUGAUAGCAGGGUACUUGACAUGGAAAAAUCUUGACUACGGUGUCUUCAUAUAUCCUGAAUGCAGUGUCAUUGUAGACCACGUUAUUGCUGUUGAUAACACUGUGGGUCUGCUUCCUAAUGUCUGGGGACCUCACGCGUUGACGCAUAAAACAGCUAACAAAUACUUUAUUUUAAGAAACAGCCUGAUUGUUGGCACCAGUCCAAACUAUGACUGCGCAGAUGACUUUGUUCCCUAUGCCAAGCAACCAUACGGCUCCGUAGGAGCAAAAAAGGCACCAGGAGGUAUGUCAUCUGCUCAAUUCUACGAUUUUCCUUGCUUUCCGUUGCUUCCUGUAGAAGAUUGAAACAGAGACCCAAUAAGACUUAUUCGCACCAGUUUUUUUNUUUCCAGAAUGCAGCAUGAUAGCAGGGUACUUGACAUGGAAAAAUCUUGACUACGGUGUCUUCAUAUAUCCUGAAUGCAGUGUCAUUGUAGACCACGUUAUUGCUGUUGAUAACACUGUGGGUCUGCUUCCUAAUGUCUGGGGACCUCACGCGUUGACGCAUAAAACAGCUAACAAAUACUUUAUUUUAAGAAACAGCCUGAUUGUUGGCACCAGUCCAAACUAUGACUGCGCAGAUGACUUUGUUCCCUAUGCCAAGCAACCAUACGGCUCCGUAGGAGCAAAAAAGGCACCAGGAGGUAUGUCAUCUGCUCAAUUCUACGAUUUUCCUUGCUUUCCGUUGCUUCCUGUAGAAGAUUGAAACAGAGACCCAAUAAGACUUAUUCGCACCAGUUUUUUUAAUUAUUAUAUUCUAUUUUUAAGCCCUUUGUUCCAUGAUUUGGCAAGUUUUUUUUUUUAAUUUGAUUAAUGGCACUUUCCUUAGGAGGUAUACAAUUGUGUAAAAUAGCAACCUACUUCCCGUUAAGCACUCUGAUACCAGUUUUAUCAUUUUUGCGCAGUGAAAAUUGCUACUUUGCCCAAACAGUUGCGAUGGAUGACUUUCCUUGUGCUAUAAAGGCCAUCAUGCUUAACGUCAUCUCCUUUCAAUAAUCGUUAGAGCAAAUGCAACAUAUUCACAAUCGUUCGUAACUCACCACCCAUUAACUUCGCAAUCGUCUUAAUAGUGCACUUGUUAGUUUCUGAUUUAUAUUUUGUUUUCCAGUUAACCUCUCAGCAUUCUUUUUAACUCAAGUUUUCUUCUGCUCCUUACCAUUUGUACAUUUAGAUGAAUUACUUGUUUUUACAUGUGAAAUGAAUACAUUCUGGAGUACGCAUUUUGUCUUUUGUAUAAACACUGCCCACCCAGACCAGCCUUUGCUAUUUGCGGGCAGCGAGGAAAUAAAAUUGUAAAUUUGGAUUAACCAAUAAAAAUGAAAUGAAAAGUUGUCACAUUUUAAUUUUUGCAGGAGGUAAAAUUGGCGUUACGAUGACAAACUUUGGCUCUGCACCAGCCAAUGGUCCAGUAAUGCCCUGGGAAAGUCCACCCACCUAUCCUGGGAUCAAUGGUUACACUCUUUACCGUGAAAUCACCUUUGCUGGGUUCCAGACCACAUGUAACAAGAGGCAUCGGGCAAUAAUGAGCAAUUCAUGGGCUGGAGAUAUAAUGCACCCAAUUGAUGUUAUGGGUAAGUUUAGUAGGAGGAAAAUACGACCCUUAAUGUAACAACAAUGUCCAGCUUCUGAUUAACAAUUCUAAAUUAGAAUAUAAAUAACAAUUAUUCACCGAUGGAGGUGGCUAGCCACCGACACUAGGGUGAAUAGUUGUUUUAGUAUAUACUAAAACAGUGAGAUAAUUGAGCACAAAAAUGAUGAUAUUUAGCUCAUGGACUGUUGCCAAGGAUUACAAUUUUGGCGCGCAAUGACCGAACGGCCGCAGUCGUCGCUUUUUCUUGCCGACAAAUAAAACUUUUGAAGGCAUUUGUUUAGCUCUUUCGGGGAAAGUUCUUCAAAAGGAGUUGUGAAUUCCUUUUGUAUUUAAAAUCAUUCUGUAAAUAAGAUUAUUAAAUUUAGUUUUAAGCUUAUUUAUGAACAAGUCAACUAAAUAAAGUAACGCAAGACUUAAGCUCAAUUUGCAUUUGUAAACAAAAAACUUUUUCACCGGUUUCAUCGAUAAAUUCAAGUAAAAAAGACAAAGCUUUACCUGUUAAAACUUCCAAACCGAACUUCGUCACCUUCCUCGUGUAUUUCGGGAACAGCUUGCUUGAUUAUUUGUCAAAUUCCUUUGUUUGUUACGGCAGCAAACCGGGAAGGCAUUUUGCUCGCAACUUGGCGAGUUUGGCGUCGCUUGCUCAGAGGAACUGGAGGUGAAUCAGUGAAUAGUGCAGGAUAUUCACUGAUUGGGUAGCCAAUCGGAGCGCGCGAAAAACACUAUCCACUGUUUUAGUAUAUACUAAAUAUGUAUCUCUUAGUGUAAGACCUUUGACUCCAUUUUCAAGGAGUGUCAGUAAUUUUUAAUGUUGGGUAAAAACAGCACUGGGACAACGCUCUAUUGGCAUACAGUGGUGGAAUAAGAUAACGUUAUAUAAAGUUAAUUACCUCUAACCAAUUGACCGACUGACCAAAACGCUGGCACAACUACUUUUGCUCAUGAAUGUGACACCCCACUAUUCCAUCAUGUCCACCUGGUGAAGUAAGUAUCCGCCGAUUCCUCGAUCGUUUUUUUUUUUCGUAUCAACCAGAGUAAUGCCUCAUUUCGUUUAAUCAUCCGAAUUGGAAUCAAAUGGUCGAAUUAUUUUCAAAGGAAAGUGGGUAAUUUGAGUUGAAGUUUAGAAACACGUCAGUGUAUUUUCUUCCCUUUACUAUGAACGUAGCUGGGUUUUGGCACCCAACAAUCUCUUUUCUGAGUGUUAUACUUCUUUUAGGUCUGCAUUACGACUCCGUGGACGAAGAAUCAAAGUUGUUGUAUGAGGAAGCGACCCUUGAUUUAGUUAAUCCAUCGGAUUGCGUGGACAUGGAUUGUGAUGGAAGAAGGCAGCUUCUAAUCCAGGAUAUUGACGGUUCCCUGGUUGGCUCUCCUGGCGAUACAGUGAUAUCCAUGGCUGAAUAUGAGUGGGGUGGGGACUUGCGGUUUGGCCUGGGUACGUACGUUUAAAUGCCUUCUCUCUAGUGGCUCGUUCUCAAUAAAUGUUCACGUUCCACCCUAAUAAAGUUAAGAAUCGGUAGCUGGAGACUGAAUUUCAAGUAUUUUUACCACUUUAAUUUCAGAGAUUAAGUUGGUCUUCUACGCGAAAAGUGAAAUGUUAAGUAAAACAUUUGCGGCCAGUUUUAUGUUAACGUUUUUAAAUUCCGGAGGUUUUCUCCCAUAUGGUACAUACAGGGAUGCUUGUCGGGAGACCUAUCAGGGUUUAGCUUAAGCUUUUUUGAGCCCUAAUAGAUAUCAUAAUAAUCAAAAUAGAAUUUACAUUUUUUUUUUCACGUGCAACCCAAAACGAGGUCUUGACGACUUAAAGUGUUGACUUCAUAGCCAGAACACCCUAAGUAACACCAAAAAUCCGAAUUUUUACAACUAUAAAAGAGACAAUGAGCUUUCCCGUCUUCUUUAUAUACCCCCCCCCCCCCUAGUUCUCACGCUCCUCCACUUUGAGGUAAACCCUAUAAGACAAAUUACUGCCGUUGCUAUAAUAACCUAACGGGUCAACAAUUGACCGUAACUUGUCCACUGGGAAAUCUGGUACAGGUUUAAAAACAGUUUUUCACUGUUCCAAUCUGUUCUUCUUCCGGGAGAAAGGGUGAUGUAGUGGUGGGAGCACUCGCUUCCCACCAAUUUUGCCCGGGUUAGUAUCCCGGCAUCGACGCCAUAUGUGGCAUGAGUUUGUUGUUGGUUCUAUCCCUUGCUCCGAAAGGUUUUCUCCGAGUACUCCAAUUAACUCCUCCGUUCAGAAACCAACACUUCCAAUUUCCAGCUCGAUCUGGAAAGCAUCGACGAGUUUUCUAGAACUCUUAAGUGUUUCGAGAGUAAACAAUUUACAAUUUACAGUUUUGUUAAAUAUGAUGCAGGAGAUUAUCGAAUCCCCAAACCGGCCUUGACAGCUGUCGAUGGAGCGCACCUGAACGUAUCAUUGGUUGCCCCNCCCCCCCCCCCCCCUAGUUCUCACGCUCCUCCACUUUGAGGUAAACCCUAUAAGACAAAUUACUGCCGUUGCUAUAAUAACCUAACGGGUCAACAAUUGACCGUAACUUGUCCACUGGGAAAUCUGGUACAGGUUUAAAAACAGUUUUUCACUGUUCCAAUCUGUUCUUCUUCCGGGAGAAAGGGUGAUGUAGUGGUGGGAGCACUCGCUUCCCACCAAUUUUGCCCGGGUUAGUAUCCCGGCAUCGACGCCAUAUGUGGCAUGAGUUUGUUGUUGGUUCUAUCCCUUGCUCCGAAAGGUUCUCUCCGAGUACUCCAAUUUGCUCCUCCGUUCAAAAACCAACACUUCCAAUUUCCAGCUCGAUCUGGAAAGCAUCGACGAGUUUUCUAGAACUCUUAAGUGUUUCGAGAGUAAACAAUUUACAAUUUACAGUUUUGUUAAAUAUGAUGCAGGAGAUUAUCGAAUCCCCAAACCGGCCUUGACAGCUGUCGAUGGAGCGCGCCUGAACGUAUCAUUGGUUGCCCCUCAUAAGGGUAUCGUCCGUGGAACGCGGGAUCAUACUACGUGUUCGUGGCAUGCUCCUUGGAACGCCUACAAGUGUAAUGAUCUUCAUUUCCGGAUGCUGGUUAUUGAGAGUUUGGACGCGGAUACUGAAACAAGGCGACUCUCUCCUGUGGCCCUGAUUGCAAAUGGUAGGUAUUGAAAAUACAUUGACUUAGUGUACAUACGUGAGAACAAGCAAGGUAGAGCUUUUGACCCUUGAACGAAGGGAUAACUGGCUGUUGUGCAUAAUAAAUAGUUCUAAACUUGAGUAAGAUAGGUAGUGGAUAUAAAUUCACCCUAUUUAUGUUAUUUAUAGCUGAAAUACUAUCCCGAAAUACUUUCGAAUAGUUAACGCUACAAAUAUAUACUAGCAUCUAAACCACUAUUAAUUCAUACUAUUUCGUUGAACUUGUAAAAACAAAUAUUCAUUUUUAUAGCUUCAAUCCUUGAUAAUUCGAGUUAUUUUAAAUAACAUGAAUUCAUGAAUUCUGGAUUGGAAUUUUCAGACCCUCUUUCGAAUCCAGGGGGCUGAGCAAUUUUCGAAAAUUAUAUUCUGCAUAAGGACCUUGACCGCAAAAAAUUCUUGCAUUGAGUUAUUAACCUCAUAUUUAUACCUGAAACAAAAUAUAGAAAUCGAUCACGUUUGUGAGUAUGAUAAAAUAAUUCUUGUCUAAACAAAAUCCCCCGGCAGCCACCCCGUCCAAUAACCCCCCCCCCCCGCCCCACAACUCCCACCCAACAGCAACUUCCACCUUGAAAGUUAAAUGGUCCUCCUUCUAUGCUUACCUCAUGAAGUAGUGAUCACUCUUAAAAGGAUAACAAUUGAAAAGCUUAUCACUGUUGAUCAUCAUUACAUCAGGUUAUGUGAAUCUUCUGAAUGGGCCGCAAGAUCACGGCUGGUGUCUGGGUUACACGUGCCAAGAAAGAAUAUCCACGUUUUAUGGAAUAGUCGCCACUGGAACGAACUAUUCUGUGUAUUUCACUUCCAACGAGCUUCCCCCCCCCCCCCCCUCCAUACCCCCACAAUUCCCAACAGCAACUUCCACCUUUAAAGUUAAAUGGUACUCCUUUUAUGCUUACCUCAUGAACUAUUGAUCACUCCUAAAAGGAUGACAGUUGAAAAGCUUAUCACUGUUGAUCAUCAUUACAUCAGGUUAUGUGAAUCUUCUGAAUGGCCCCCAAGAUCACGGCUGGUGUCUGGGUUACACGUGCCAAGAAAGAAUAUCCACGUUUUAUGGAAUAGUCGCCACUGGAACGAACUAUUCUGUGUAUUUCACUUCCAACGAGCCACACAAAAUACGGUUGCACUUGCUGAAUAGCAACCCCGGGGAUGUGAUAAGAGUUGGACUGUUUUAUCAAAGGCCUCAAAGACAAGAUGUGUAUAAAGGAGGUACGUGUUUUGGUAUAACAUAAAUAUCUGCAUUUCACUGCUUCAGGUAAAACCUCUUACAACAAGAAUCCUCUUGUAUUACAGUUUGAUAAUUGAAAAAUGUGUGCGAAGUUAUCCUGUUCAAGGCUCCAAGAUAAAAGUGCAGUAGUUCAGUAAAAGGGUGUAAAAAAAGGGUGCAUUUUUUUUCCCACCACCGCCCCUUUUUCCAGAUCGCGAAAGUCUUAUUUUCGCUUUUGCUUGUUGUAUUUUUAAGGUUGGUGCAAAAUCUUUUAAAUCAUCUGAAAUGAUAAAAAAAUAACUUAAUUGUAUGUAUUUAUGUAUGUGAUGAUUCACCUUAACCUAUAUGUACAAACCUCAACAAGGGUUACUAAGAAAACAUUUUUAGUAACCUCACUACCUUUCGAUUAAGUAGAGAAUUUUACUUGUCUUUACGUAAAUAGUAAUUACGAAUAUUUAUAAGCAGGAGUAUUCAUGAAUCCAACAAAUGGACAGCUUGGAGGAUCAGACUUCACCACUAUCCCACUGCCAGAGGGGGCACCUGACGAUUACUUUGUGCCACAGCUGACCAGUUACAAUGGUGCUAAUUAUUUUGACCGUAAGCUCAGUACACUGUACGUCAUUUUGCGCGGAUCAGAACCAGUUGAUAUACGAGUCAUGCCAGUGGUCCAGGUCAGUAGCUUUUCUUUGUUAACUUAGGAGUUUUGAUAUUUGCGAUUAUAAACAGACGAGUUUCACAGGGAAAACGGUAAUUCGUGGCAGCGGUCGAUCAAACGACAGAACUCGUGGGUCGCAGCGGCCAUUUUGAAAAUGAAAUGUCAUGGAGCUUUUUACGGAGAAUUUUCGCUAAAGAACAAUCACUCUCGUGAAUGCUUUAAUUCUAUGAAAGGACUGAUCUAGCUGGAUCGAUAGUUCUGAUUGAUAGAACAGAUCUGUUGCCCCGUGUAAAGAAAUCCAAGACAGUCUUGGAUUGAUUCCACGUCAUGGAAUCCGGAUUCCGUGUACUGGAUUCUGGAUUCUUUGUCAGUGGAACUUGGAUUCGGAUUCCAAUCGUUAGUGGGACUCAGGAUUCCUUGUGCUGUUAUUCCGGAUUCCAAAUCCCAGGAUUCCGGAUUCAUAACAAAAAAAUUGCUGGACUCCGGAUUCCAAGACGAGAUCUGACCGGUCAGUACUGACUAAUGGUAAGCGUCCUUAGUGUUUAGGUAGUUCCGGCGGGGAACAGAGCGAAAAGUUGCAGUCGCGUCCACAGAAAAGGGGUACUCACAGUAUGAAAAUGGGGAAAGUGUUCGUCGGAAAAAUUCCGACGCUUUGUGAAAAAAUUUGUCUGUAAGGCUCUUUUUAAACUUUUAAAGUGCGUGAGAAUAAUUUCACUUUAUUGAAAAUAUCUAUUCCAUAUUGACAAUCAUAGGUUCAGAUUGGUGCAAGAGCUGUUUCCAUUGAUGAAUUCUUCAAAGAGAACCUGCUAAAUAAUCUUGUUGCUUUGCUGGGUAUUGAUCCAUCUCGAGUCAGAAUUGUAGACAUUGUCAGCGAAUCCAGUUCACGAAGAAGGAGAAAGCGAUCUUCUGGCGAUGUCUUUCUGAUAAGCAUUGAGAUUGGCGAUCCUCCCCUGGCUUUGAGCGGCUCUUCGUCUUCCUCAUCUAACUCCUCAGGAAACUAUACAGGUAUGAAAAUGAACUACCAAGCCACUGUAACUAAGGUUUCUCUGACACUUCCAUCUUUUCUCAUCUCAUCUACAAAAUUCAUUCGCAAAUCGACGACAAUUUUCAGUCGUAUAUACUCUUAUAGAUCAUAGUAACUACCUCAAAAUGUUCAAAACUUAUGUGAGCCACGAGCCGCUGGCGAGAGUGGUUUCACCUAAGAUGUCACAUGUACUCUUAUUUCCUUUUGUGUCUGUUCUUACCCAGGAGUUAACAGUACUACCUCUGUUGAGGAGUUAAAAAAGGUUAACGAUGAUUUAGUGGAAAUAGUGCAGACUGGAGAACUCUCGCAGAAGGCAGACUUGGAUGUUAUAUCACUUUCCAUAUCCGACCCAAUCCCCGAACCAGUUGACCCAACCGGUGGUGUCCGGGCAACCAAUGAGACUGGUAAGAACGUCUUCCUUUCCAAAAUUCGCUACCCUUACAUGAACUAAUUUAGGCAAAGAGUUUUUGUAACAUUUGAAAGAUUAAGUGUUAUCUGGGCAUACUUUGAAGGCUGGAACAUGUAUCAGAUAUUAUAAAAGCCUCUUAAAUUGUCCUGGGAGCGACUCAUACACCUAAGCCUGACCAUGGUCAAAAGAGAGAAAAAUACCAAAGCAAAGAAAAAAGCCACAGUUGCCGUUUUCAGUAUGCAAAGUUAAAUUCCUCACCAAAAGGUUUCUAAUUUAUUAUACUUUUAUAAGGUUUAGUUAACAAAAUUCUUAACAGAAAACGCAGAAUUGUAGGUGCCCUUAUCAUCAUUAUUUUGGGAUGGUCAGGAGCAUUUUCGCGGAAAAUAUUUCUAAGGGGAACAGGUAGUUAAAAAUAACUAUAGUAUAGGUCUUGAGUAUAUACUCACUUGAUUGUAAAUGAAGUACCAGAAUUGGCUCGAAAAUGAAGAAGCCCCAGAAACUAGUUAAUGAAGCUUGUCUAUUUUAUGAAAGCGUAAAGUUCAUUUUCUCCUUUGUCAAUUUUCCCAUAUAGGUGGUCCGAAUAUAACAGAUAAUUCAUCACUUCGUUAUGACCAGCUGCAAUCACAAGAAGAGGCGGAAGCCCCUAGUAAUGUAUUCAACUUCCUCAUUCCUAACAGACUGGAGAUUGUAACUGAGCCGAAUGGAGGAAACGAGACCGUGCCAUUUACCAUCCAACCCAAGCUCAAACUCGUGGAUAUCGAUGGCACGUUAGUGACUGUUUUGGGUCAUGGUUCUCUAAGCAAUUGGACAGUAACAGCGAGCAUACUGAACGGUACUGGUGACUCGAUGGCAGUACUUGAGGGUAACGUCUCUGUGGAAAUAGUAGAAGGAUGGGCCAAUUUUACUGACUUAAGCAUUACCCAUAACGGCAGUGACUACAAACUGCUGUUUAACGUCAGUAAACCAGCGGCAUCUCACUUCAAUGCCACUUCGCUGGCGUUCGAAGUAAAAGAGAGAAUAAUGUACUUUACUGUCACUGUUCAGCCGGAUGACGCCAAUGAAACCGUUAGCUUUGGACAACAGCCCAGGAUAGAAGUUCGUGAUGCCGCCAAUGGAGACAUUGUGGACAAUACAGGAUGGAAAGGACGGCAAUGGCUCUUCAAAGCGUCCAUCGCUAAUCCAGAUGAUAAUGAAGGCCACCUUAAUGGAACAACAGAGGUGGAAUUCACUAAAGGUUUGUUUAUUGUUGCAUUUUCUUUUUUCCUGGCCAAAAGUAAUUAAAGCAAGUUCUUAGAAUCACUUAAAUUAAUAAAGUCUUUGUCUUGAUUGAAAGGCGUACUGGUCGUUUGGAAGCCGCAAUAUCAAAUCAUUCAGUCUUGCAGAACAUAGAGUCCUCUCCGAAUAUAAUCAGUGUUUUUAUGGACCACACUUCCAAAAGGAAUAAAUGGAUUUAAUACUUGCUCCUUGUCUAACGUGCAAUUGCACAAUAACUGGAUCGAGAAAAUCUGGCUAAAAUGUGCACUAUAGUUACGAUGUUUCACUCCAAACAUUCUGGUGUUUUUCAUUGAACACAAUUUGUAUGCGAAGUUAAAAAUUGAAAUAAAUCCUUGGAUAUAAUUUAACAUAAUUUGUUAUCAUUAUUUCGAAGGUGUCGCCCAGUUCACCAAUCUGAGCGUGGACAUUUCCGGAGAAAACUAUGUCUUGGCAUUAGAGGCAAUUACUGUACCAUCUUCUAGGUACUUCUUUAAAGACAACUCCUCAGCAUUUAACGUAUCAGAGAGAUUGCUCUACCUCAAGAUUGCUCAACAACCAGGCAACUGUAAUGAUACAGUUAUCUGUGGUACUCAGCCGAUAGUGGAGAUAAGAAAUGUCUUCCCCGACACAUUGGUCGAGAACAUUGGCUGGAGAGGAAGAACUUGGCAAAUCAACGCCAGUAUGGUCGGUGUUAGCAACUCUGUGUUAAACGGCACGGCCCUAGUGAACGUACCUACGGCAGGAAGAGUAGAGUUUCAAGACUUGAACUUCUAUGAUGUUGCCCAGGGAUAUCAAAUACAAUUCACCGUCAUAACUGAGCCCUCGUCUUCCUAUUCUGGGUUGUCAGUGACCUCGGAGACGUUCGACGUGAAUGCUCGGUUAUUCUAUCUGGAAGUAAUUACACAACCCGCACAGGCCAACCAGUCAGAGGUAUUUGGUGUUGCCCCAGUUGUAGAGGUUCGAGAUUUGGGAACACGGAUGCGUGCGCGCCCUCUUAAAGGCGACUGGUCAAUCGCAGUUUCCCUCAAACCGACGGCUUUGAAUGAAACUUUAAAUGGAGUAGUAAAUGAGACAGUUUCAGACGAGAGGGCAGAGUUCAGUAACUUGUCAAUUUCGUACUACGGUAUUGGAUAUGAACUAGUCUUCGAGUCCAACUAUGGGCAUAUGGUGAGUGAUCCCUUACAUGCCGUGUAUUUGUUUAAUUAUUUCUCUCUUUAAAAUUUAAAAUCGGAAUAACAAUGAUAUUGAAAGGACUAUAGAUUAUUAUCAUUACUGCAAUUUAAAACGUUAACAGAGAUUGGCAUACAUUUCCGACGGAUACAUAAUCAGCUGUGGUUUAAUUUUAGUCAUUUUUCUUCCUUUAAUUCUGGACAUGGUAAUGUAUAAUAAGGAGUAAUAGCGAAAAAACUAAACCACAGAACAUGCUCAAGAAAAAGAAGUUGUAAGGCAAUAAAAUACACAUAUUAAUCGUACGCGAUUAACAAAGCAUAAUUGAUUUAACCUUCUGCUUUUGUUACGUUUGUGAAAAUCUGAGACAUUGUGAAAAAAAAAAAUACGUAGAGGAACUUCCUUGCACAACAGGUUCAUUGACAAUCACGGAAAUUUCAGUGUUUUGUUUAUUAAGACCUUGCUCGUAAUAUUAACAGGUAUACUCACAACCCUUUGAAGUCAGAUAUGUUAACGACUACUCGCCUGAAUUUGACCCUUCGCAUGGUUUUUACAACGCCACUGUCUCUGAGGACAUUUCUAUUGGAUUUCCGGUCAUUACAGUAACGGCUUCAGAUCAAGACUCAGGCUCUCAAGGCGAUGUAUCAUACUCAAUUGUUGCCGGGAACACCGGAAACAAAUUUGCUGUCGAUGCACUUUUGGGUAAUAUAUCAACUAUUGGCGAACUGGACCGGGAAACAACUGCCGUAUUUACGCUAACCGUUCGUGCAUCCGACGGCGCGGUGCCAGAAAAAGUACGCUACACAGACGGCAAUGUAAAAGUUGUCAUUUCGGACGUAAAUGAUAACGCUCCUUCGUUUGAAACUUCAUCCAUUCUCGCCACUGUUCAAGAAGACGCCAACAUCGGAGACGUUGUUAUCACGCUUUUGGCUAACGACCCGGAUGCGGGUACAAACAGUGAGCUCCGUUAUUCCAUAACAAGCGGGAACGAGGCAGGCCUCUUUACUUUGGACAGCAUCACAGGCGAGAUAAAGGUUAACGCCUCUAUUGAUUUAGAGCAAGAGUCCAGACCAGACUUCAAUCAUUCUCUGAACAUAUUUGCUGAAGACAUGGGGACUCCAGAGAGGCUUAAUUCAAGUGUAGUGCUUAACAUUACCAUCACUGCUGUCAAUGAAUUCACUCCACAGCUAGCCCAUGAUUCGCUGUUCAACUUUAGUUUUGCUGAGAAUGCUGAUGUUGGUGAUGGAGUUUUUGUGUUCCAAGUGAACGCUACUGACCAGGACUAUGGGGAGCAAGGAUCGGUGUCUUAUUUAUUUGAUUCAGGUAUGAAUUAUUCUCUUGUAUGUUAAUCUUGUCACUUUGGUGACCUGAGAUUUAAAAAGAGACUUGAAAUAAAUAUAAAACGCUUAAUUUACUGUUAAUCAACAUAACUGACCACUUUAAUCACAAGACUACAAAAGAAACUAUUGCAUUAACGAACAAAUUUAGUAAGCGUUCGACGAUUGACCCUGAGUUUCCGAGUAUAUAAUGCCCUUAAAGAGGCUACUGUCGCUUUUUCCAAAGGCUUAUUUAUUAAAUUUGUCUUGCUGACGAGGCGUUUCCCUCGAAAUAGCAACCAAGGUUCCAAGAUUUUGCCUAACGCCACGUCCUUAGAUGUUCGAAACUUGAUUAGAAUUGAUCCUGGGUUAACUACAAACAUAACAUAAGUUGUCAAGGUAACUAACUAGCCCAGAUUUGCGCUAAACGUCUCUCUGACAACUCGCCCCAGUGGUUGAGAUGGUAUUCCACGCUAUCCUGAGCUUUUCUAAUCUUUGAAAUCAACGGUAGUUCACAGGUAACCAGACUGUUUAUAAUACAUAUACAUAUAAAUAUACAUAUAUUGGUCUCGUAUUUGUUUUUAGCCCAUGGGUGGACGAAGUUCUAACAGCGCUCGAAACGUCAGCUUACCUUAAUCCCCCAACGGUGCCAAGUCUACCUUAUCAAAUCAGUUGAUAAAACCAAAUCUUUGUCUGUGUUUCAGGUAAUGACGAAGGAAAGUUUACAAUAAAUUCGACGACAGGUGAACUGAAACUUAUUUCCAUGCUCGAUUACGAAAACACUUCUUCAUACACCUUGGUAAUCCAUGCGCGCGAUAUCGACAACCAAAACGCAGUCUUCACCGUACACGUAAACGUGUUGGAUAUGAACGAUAACACUCCCACUUUCUCAGAAUCUCAAUACGACGUAAUUGUUGGCGAGGACACAGCCAUUGGUUCAAGUGUCUUCACGUUCCUUGCAUCAGAUCCUGACAGUGGAAUGAAUGGACUUGUCACUUACACACUGAUGUUUAGUAAUGCUAGCGAGGUCUGGGUUCUUAACUCGUCUACUGGAGAACUCACUGUAAAAGGUAGGCUAUAAUUUCAGGGGGAAUAAUUAUUUUUAAUUCUAUGUUGUUACUUAUUGCUCAUUUCUUGACAAUGAAUUAUGCCAGCUUUGAACACAUAGCAAGGAUCUGUUAUGUAAAGUUGCCAAUGAGUAGUUGCGUUGUAAGCAUGAAUUUUAAACUAAGGCCCGGUUCAGAGGCCGAACUUUUCAUGAGCCGAGCCUAAUACAUUGAAUUAAGUACUUGAAAAGCUCGGCGUCUGAAUCAGUUAGGAACGCCUGUUUCAAUUUGCAUCGGCUCAGCAGUUCUUUUCGCCUAGCCCGGCCGGAAAUUUGGCCUUUGCCGGAGCGACUUUGGAACAGCUUUGAUUCAGACGCCGAACUUUUCAUGUACCGAACCUAAUGCAUAAAUUCUUAUAACGUAUUUUGUAAGCAGUUUGACCGAAAUGAGUCAGCUGCCAUUAAGAUCGGCGUCUGAAUUAAUUCAGCCGGUCUAAAUAAUUUGGGUCGGCCUUAAUUCGAAUUAGGUUCGGCUCAUGAAAAGAUCGGAGUCUGAACCCGGCGUAAGUAAUUGAGGGACUAAAUUUAAAAGCUCUUCGUCGCUUAAGUGUCAGACGACAAGCAAUGGUCAACCAAAAAAUCCGGAAUUUAUCUUCAAGGGUGUUUUGAAGGCGUUGAACUUUGCAUUCACUUAAAAACGUCGGACGUGUUUUAGCUUCCUUUGCAUGCUUAAGUAGCUUAAUCUUACGUCGAUCGUAAUCCUUAAUCUAAACUGUCACCUGCUUAGCUUCAAAUUUAGUCCUGAUAGUGCAUGCAGUUCAUCGUGUAAGCAAAUCCAUUUCAGAAAACGUGCGACUUUGCUUACAUAAACUGCUUAAUCAUGGCAUGUUAAGAAGAGAUUUCGAGUCUUUUGAAGGUUCAGGGAUUCGUGUGUCUCUAUUUCUCAAAUAAUGAAUGAACUUUCGAGAGGCUGUAUAGAAUUUUAAAAGGUCUUGUCUCUGAAUUCCCAUCUUAUGUUAGCAAGGGCUUUCUAACCAGGAAAAACAGUUUUCUAGCGGCGACUUUUUACAACAUUUAGGUGCCGCUUUUAGUCCGACUUCUUUCACAUAUCUGCGUAUAAACACUGCUUAAGUCAGUCAACUGAAUUUAUCUAAUCAUGCUUUCGAUCAUCGUGUGACCGCAAUACUGGUUUUAUUUCUCCUUUCCUUAGCCUCACUUGACAUGGACAGCCAGCAGGUAUCCACGUGGACACACACGUUAAUCGUCAUGGCACAAGAUGCUGGUACGCCAAUACUUAACUCCAACGCUACCCUUGUAAUUCACAUACUUCUCGCAAACGAAUUUGCACCUAGUUUCACAGCUGCAGACGUGUCAGUGACGAUUAGCGAGGAUAUAACCCAGGGAAGCGUUGUUUUCGAUGCAAAUGCGACAGACGCAGACUUUGGGUCAGACGGGGAAAUAAGAUAUAGUAUCACAGACGGAAAUAAUGACUUGAAAUUCUAUAUCAACUCCCUCACUGGUCAGAUAACCACUCUUUCAACUCUAGACCGCGAGUCUCAAGACGCAUAUCACCUCAUAGUGGAAGCCACAGACAGCGCCACUUCAGGUCAAAGGAAGACUGGGACAAUGACAGUUCAUUUGAGCCUAAGUGACGUCAAUGACAAUACUCCAGCCUUUUCGGCGAAUCAGUACGAUGGAGUUGUCUAUGAAAACGUUACAAACAGCGAAGAUAUCCUUAGUGUUCAUGCCGCAGACCCGGAUUUGGGAACGAAUGGAAACGUCAUCUAUUCAAUUGAAAGUGGAAACGAACAAGGUUUCUUCAGCAUCGAGGCCAAUCAAGGAAUCAUCCGGUCGGCGAAGAGCCUGGAUUUAGAGUCCCAAAACCAGCUUGCUGACCACACCUUUACUUUGGUGAUACUUGCAAAAGAUCAGGGUACCCCAGAAUCUCUGAACAGUUCAGUCUCUGUGACUCUUAAGGUUCAAAGUGUUAAUGAAUUCGCACCAGUUUUGAUCCAUGCGGAUAACCAGGUCAAGGAACUUAGUGAAAACACCAGUGUGUCACAGGUGGUUUUGGACGUAAAUGCUACCGAUCAGGAUUAUGGAGCAGAUGGUGUUCUUACCUACUCUAUCACUGCUGGGAACAGUUUAGGAACUUUUGCUAUUGACAACGUUACAGGUUAGUUUUGAAGAUUAAAAGCCUUGUCUUUCAACAAAUGAGUUGCCAAAAUCGAUCGAGAAAUUGUCUGUCUGGAUCAAAAGUAGCACUAAAAAAGAAAUUUUAUAUUUAUAAUUUGAAUCGGCUAAGAAUAAUACUUUCAAGCAUAGUUAGUAGCGAAGGAGACUGGUUAAGAAAACCGGCAAAAUCAGAGAUGAAAAUACAUCAUUUGUGAGUGAAUAAAUUAAUGCGUCGAUUUUUAUUCUCAAAAUGUUAGGAACGCUUUUGUAUGCUGUGCACAGUCAAGUUUGAAAAGGCUAAGGAAAAAAUCUCACAAAGAAGUCUAACGAGCUUCAUAACUAUUGUUGUAAAUUAACCUCGAUGUUUUACAGCAAACUGUAAGGUUAAUGAUACAACGCUUUUAAACAUCUUAUUUUUCCCGAACAGUUUGGCCUAAAUUAUAGCGGAACCCAUUUUAAGCGUGCGCCCUUUGUUAGGUGGCACGAUUGAGUCCAGUGAAUCGCCGGCCACAACUUCUUUCGCCAUGCUAGAAAAUGAUUUGGUACUGAGGCCAAUUUACUUACACCUUCUAUUACUUCCUACAACACAAAGAGGUAGGCUCCUUGGUCUUAUUCAGUUGAACUCUACAAGAUCUUAAGUUUGCGUUACCUCCUUUACAAUGAAUCUUCGAGAAAUGCUUGGGGGGAGGCUGGGUUUUGGUUAGGUAUCCAAUCCCAAACCAGAAAAUGAUGGAUGUAAAAUAUCUACAAACAAAGAAUUCCACAUCAUUACUGAAAAUGCUAUCUUCUCCUUCUUUUGUCAGGUGUUAUAACUUUGGCAAAACAGUUAGACUUCGAGACGAUCAGUCAGCAUAACUUGGUUAUCUCCAUAUCCGACAACAGUGCAAACGCGAAUGAUAGAAAACACACCACAGCUCACCUGGAAGCACGAGUGAUUAACGUUGAAGACAGCCUUCCCUACACAGCAGAAGUGGAAAUGUUACAGACGUAUAUCGCCUCGCCAGCAAAUCCGGCAGGCUUAGCUGGUAUCACAAGUAGGUCGGCUUUGGAAAUACGUCUGUUGUACUCAAACGGAACUACCAUGGACAUAACUAACGAAUCACAUCGUUACAUAUUAGAUGACGUUUCCAAAUCUAACAGCCUUUUCAGUGUUGUGGUCACUGAUGGCUUACCAUUCGUGGUUGCUAAUAAUAACGGCUUGUCCGGAUCAGGAAAGCUGCUUGUUCUUGUAACAAACGUGAAGACCAUCGAGGUCAAUGUCACCGUGAUCGGCAGCAUUAAACUUUCCAUGAAGGCUGUAUCGUAUCCCGAGAUUCCCGGUACCAACGAGGUUGCGGAGCUGAAGCAAGUUAUCGCAGGGCAUUUUCAGCGGGUUUUGCUCAAAGUACUUCUUAACUUGACAAAUGGUGACCAGGUAGACGUUUCCCUUUCAUUAAAUACUUCAUUUGUGUUUACAAAUGCCCAGCAAGUUGGGGGAACGUACGAGAUUGGACCUGCGCCACGCAAUCUUUUUUCAGUCCUCGGACACGGUCUGAGCGGUAGAGUAUAUCUGCAAGCAGUCUUUGCUCAAAGUCUUUCAGCAAGCGUUAAUCUGACACUGUCUUCGACACUCCUUAAACUGGUAACAAUAAAUCGUUUUGGUUUGAAGAAUGUCAACGCUGCCUUAAGUGGUGUAACUGUGGUCACAAAAGCGCAGCCAUUUGCUGAAUUGCAAAUGGAAGACGGGUCCAUUCAUUUCUUAGACAACUUCACUAUGUACAAUGGGCUCCUCACUUUCACCUCUAGCGAUGCCGCCGUAGCCUCAGUGAACCCAGACUCCGGCGUUGUGACUCUUCUAUCAGACAGCAACACUCCCAUAACCAUCACAGCCAGGGCUGUUUCAAAUACAAGCAUAACAGCGGUGGUAUCUUUCUACUGUAACCUUGAACCGCGUGAAGGUGAAGUUGAUAUUGGUGACAAAGAAGGGCCAGCAAUUCCUCCAUUAGCUACAAACGAAGCUUGGACAAUGUCUGUCAGAAUGAACCCCGGAAAACUUGGCAUCUUGGCUGUGCAAGUGGAAAUUUGGUUUAACACCAGUGACGUUCAAAUGGUCAGCAUCAAUACUGAUCUUCCAUACUCAUUUGCACACAACACGAUACACAUUUUUGGGUCAGUAGCCAAAGCUAAGACCCUAACGGAGGACAUCGCCGAAGUUGUGUUUACGUCCCUCAAAAGUGGUGUUCCUGAAGUCAUCUACCGGUCUUUUAGGACGGUCGACAAGGAUUUGACACCUGUACCUUCUAAGGCAGCUUCUUCGUGCUCCAGUGCAGUUUUUGGUGAUAUCGACUUGGAUUGCACAUUUGACAUUGUUGAUGUUGCUUUUAUAAGUGCGUACAUUGCUUCCUCUAAGGCCCAAUUCACCGAUACUUUAGGUUCAAAGAUGAGUGCUGUAUCGACUUCUCAGAAGUCGUCGAUGGACGUCAACUGGGACGAAGCAAUAGACAGCAAGGACGCCACUUUCUUGUCUUUCAUUUAUCUUAAUAAAGCAAAGUUUGUGGCAAAGCUAACUUACCAGAUCCCGAACCACCAAGGAAUAUCUUUAGACAAAUGCGCUUUAGAAAUCGCGGUAGAGUUAUCAAACAAAGAUGGUUCCUUGACUUCAUCUGCACAAGCAGAAGUAUACUUUCUCUUUUCACACUCGACUGGACCCGUGGCUGAGCAAUUCAGCCAGACAGUGUUUACCGCUGGAUCGAAAGUGAGCGUUAAGGGAAUCUCCUCUGUACAAGGAUUGAUCAAGGCCAACUAUGAAAACGGCAAGUUUCUUGUUGCUGCCAAGAAUUCCGAGCUAGAGUCUAGCAACGUCGGUAUUUCCAUUAUACAAUCCAUACCUUUUAAUGGACAGAGGUUUGUCGUUCCUAUAUUCCUUGCGUCACCUCCCGUGUCUACUGGUGCGGUAGAUGUUUCUUGGGUAAGAAGCCAAGCAGCUAGAGACUUCGCACCUCAGCGCAAUCUACAGUUUUCUGAGUCCACUACCACAUGUAACAACCAACUUCGGUCAGUUGUGGUGAUCGUGGUGAUUACUUUUGAAGGAGAUUAUGUCGUGAUUGUCAGCGGAAGAGAAGCGCAAUUCGAGAGCUAUUGUGUAACAGCCUUUUCCGUGAAGUACCCGGAUGUAAUCAUAUACAGUUGUAAAGCCAGUAGAGGAAGCAUUAUCGUUGAAAUCAAUAUGACCGUAGCUGAAACAAAACGUAACUCGACACUUGCUAAAAUAUGGGAGGAUGUGAGCAACGGAUUACAACUAAACUUUAAUGGUACAACAAUUAUUACCUUGCCAAAGAUGCUGGUUGAUGGAAAGGAGUAUGGCGAUAACGUACCAGUGAAAACACCCGAAGAAAAGAGUCGAAUGCCAGUUUUCAUUAUCAUUGUGGCUUGUGUGGUCUCAUUUGUUGUUAUUUUAAUCAUUGUCAUCGUGGUUUACUGCCUUUACCGACGGAGACAAAAUUUGGGCAAGAUUAAUCCAUCACCACCUAGUACUCCUGAUGAAGAUAGUGAAGUAAAGUACCUUCCGGAAAAAGACACCAGGUAUAUAGCGAUGAGUGAGAGCCCAUCCAGGUCUUCCCUACAAGAGCGAGAUGGCAGUGCCUUUAGACGCCCAACCCCCAUAGCGUUCACAGACCCUGUAGAACCAGCUUUUGAAGAGAAAGAAGAACAACUUUUGGAUUCUCAGGUAUGCUUUAUGUCAUGUUCGUUUUGAAGCAAAAACUUGAUCAGCUUAUACGUAAAUGAUGGCGCAUACACCUUCGGUAGAAGAUUAAAGGGGUAGUUUUAAAAAGCCUUAAAAAAUACACACAAACGUCAUUUUCUUAAAGAACACGAAAAUUCCUCCUCUAUUUGGUUUACAGUUUAGCGCUGAUAAGGGUUUAAGAAAUAGCCUCAAUUCUGGAAACAAAUUAAACAAAGAACUUAUUACAUGUACAUCGCAGCAACUUAUUUAGUAUAAAAAAUUUGAUAAAACGGGUACUUUUGAAACUGGGACGGCUUCUCUAACUCGGCAUCGUUCGCAAGGAAAACGGAAAAAAACAGCAGGAUAUUAAUCAGCCCUAAGGCCUAUCCAUAUCUUUCCUCUAAGCUAUACAUGCUGUUACGUACCAACAGGCGAACACAAAUCCAACUUAAUGAGGAAAAAUCCUGCUUUCUUUGGACAGGCCAGUUAAAACUAAUUUUACUAUUAUGUUUUCUUCAGAGACAAACCACGCCUUCCAACGACGGUUCAAAUGAGCGACCUAAAGCUAUUUUAGCAUUCCCGGCUGUCCCAAGUAAGAAUCCAAGUCCCAGUCCCUCUCCGCGACCAUCUAGUCAAAAGAGCAUAGAGUUAUCAGAACGUUCAGAAUCCCCUGACACGGUGUCUUCGGAGGCUUCUGCUGUUAGCCCUCCUAUCUCCCCAUCUGGAUUAUGGCCGACCUGUGACAUUCAGGAGUCUCAGCAGGAAGAUGAAUACGAUGCAGAUGGCAUGGAGGAGAGUAUAAGACAAGAAGCUGCUCUGAGGCGAAGAGCAUCGUCAAUGGAUUUUGAUACUGAGCAGACAUUUGAAGCGAUGCCUGGUUUCUUAACACCAGGUAAGAUUGUGUGGAUAAAAGAAGCAUUAAGACUUACUUUAAAGUAAAAGCACGCGCAGCUAGACGCUUGAAUUAUGUCAUUCUUCAUGAACGAAUUAACAACUUGCUUUGAAAUUUGACUGAACUAAUUAAUGAAGAGAAAACUAUUAUGCUCUUAAUUCUAAUCCAUCAAAUAAUUGGAAAAAUGUCACUCCUGUGUUUGAAUUUCUGUUGUCAGCACUAUUGAUAUCAAAUGGUUGUUUGUCUGGCGCUUCGUAAAUAGGACGUGAAGUUACGUCUCAAGUUUCCAAUACAAAAGGAGAGUUAAUAGCUAACUUGAGACGUAACUGUCUCGUCCGACGCUCCAGAAAACAAACAUUUGAUACCGGCAAUGUUAACCGUCUCUGAUCGUAUUCAAAUCCCUUCCAAAACGACUCAUAAAGACACAGGAAUACAGGUAAAUACAUCUCAUUUUAUUAGGUAAUACAGCGUUCGGGUUCCCUCUGUGUAUUUUUGUUUACUCUAGUGUACCCCAUUAUUUUGUUGGUUGCCAUUAACCUAUAUCUCAGUCUUGGCAACAAUUUUCUGGAGAACGCUUAUGAAAUUCUCAUAAAACACCGGGGAAAAUGCGCGAUAGACCUAUCGACAAGCAACUCAUCAUUUUGGGUAGAAUAGAGCUAGAUAAUAAGGAACCACACACAAGUGAAAUUCCGGAUGGAUCUUCAUGUUGGGAUGUGCCGGACGGGCAUAGUCCACCGACCUUUGGUUGAUCAUUCUAGUUGGGUGUGGUAGAUGGCAAAGAGAAAGGAAAAUACUAGAAAUGGAAAUCAAAUUUCUAACAUUUAAAAUUUAGACCUCCUUCUAAAUAGAAGUUCUUUUCUCUACCUACCAACGUAACGAUGUUACUUUUUUCAACAGAUUCACAAAUAAAGCGACGUAAGAUGGAAAUCAAAGUCAUCCGCCCUAAUCCCGAGAUUGGUGUUCUUGCGCACAUGGCGGGGGUGGUCAAAAUCAAUCAGUCUGGCACCCUCCAAGAGAUGCGCGAAGACAUUAACCGAGCGAUACCAACAUAUCUGGGUUCUCUGAAAUUUCUGUUUUUGUCACGCAAGUUCAAGAUUAUUGACCCUCGAACAGAAAGCCAAUUAAUUGUAUCCGGGAUCUACAAAAAGACUGUUUAUGUGAAGGUUUUCCACGGAGCAGGUAAGAUAACUUAACAAUACACAGUUUUGUGUCAGUCAUCACCAGAUGCCCUUACAACUUGACCACAAAGCUAGAACGCCUGAAAGUUAUUUUUCUUACAAAAUAAUUUAAUAAAGUUUAAUCUUGAAGUCAAUAUAAUUUUCAUCAUGAGCAAUUAAACUGUUAAGUUUUUUCUUCUCUUGCAUCGUGAAUGACUUGAGAGCCUGACUUAUCCAAAACCACACUGAAAACCACACUCAAAUGGUCUCAACAGUCUUUCCACUGGAUUUACCUAGAGCCGACAGUUACACCAAUGAAUCACCGAUAGACUUCUCUUCUCAACAUUAUUUUGAGAUUGUGAAGAUCAUCCAGAACCAGAAGCUUCAAAAACUUUGAACAUUUAUUCUAAUUUAAAAACCAUUUAGAAUACUUUUCCGCCACAACUGAAGAAACUGGUUCUUAUGUCUCAUAUGAAAAAGGAUUUACAGGAAAUCGAAUGGAGGAAAACGUCAACUUUCUUUAAUCACUGAGAUCAUUUCCCGAAUUAAAAUAGGUACUUUAUUUAAGGACUAACUUAUUGGGUAGUCCGCACCCCCCUUGCUCCCAAUCCCCCGUAGUCAAAAUAGAUGUAAUCCUCUGAAAGUCUCACAAAGAUCGUCAUAAUUUUCAUACAGAGCUUGGCUGAUGUAGCUCUGAGAAAAGGUCGUCAAGACUCAGCAGUUUUCCAAUAGAUAGUUUCGUAGAUUAGUAGUUGAUUAUAUUUUAUCAGGGCGACCCACUGAUAAAAAUAACAACUACAUUUCCCCUGUUGUGAUUACACAAAUUUAUUUUACCUCAAUUUCCAUCCUGACAGAAAACUGUGAGUAUUUUUGCUUGUGCGGCAAAGUGGCGUUUACGUGGUGUCCAAAAUGCAACGUUCAAGGGUACUGUGGGGACGACUGUCGCCAAAAAGAUGAGAGGGAGCAUGGCAAGUUAUGCAGCAGCAACAAAGAAAAGGCCUUACAACAUGCCCGUAUGAGGCGAAUAUCCAGAACGGACAAGAAAUGAACCGUCUGCGGCAACAAAAUUUCUUAAUAUACGCAAGAUUUUGUCUACGCUGACGAUGCUGCUUAAAUAGCAUUUUUUCACAGAUGAGCUAAAGCAGGGUCGAAGACGGACACGUGUGUGUGUGUAAUAAUAUACUUCUAACUACUUUUGUAGAAGAGACACAUGUCUGCUGGUCAGAGAAAUUUUAGUCAAGGGUGUUCAUAUAUUUCACAGUUUACUUUCAGAUUGCUUCUUAAUAUACAGUGUAAGCAUCCAGAGUAUGGAUCGAAACGAGUGCAGCGCUUACAAUGCAUUGGUGUAAGCCACAACCUUAGGGGGAACAAUAAAAACAAACGCCUCCUUAUUGUGAUUCCGAUAGAUUGUGUCUUUUUGCAACCCACAGGAAUGUGUAUCAUGGAAAUUUAAGUUUUCUUGUCAGCUGCUUUAUGACCAGGGCGCAUAAUUAAAAAGAAAAAGAAAAAAAAGACAAAUGUACUUUCAAUACCUCUAUAUCAUACGCUUUGAUAAAAGUAGACAUGACGUCAUCACGAACAUAUUUUAAGUAAAUAUUCCAGAACGAGUAUUUUAACAUUUUUAGUACAUAAGCUG